AUUCAUUCCUCCCCACCGGACAGACUUGCGUAUGAUGUUUUAUGGGGGAGAGAGGCGGGACCUCGAAGCCGGGAAGGGCGUUCUCUUUGCGGUCAGACCGGGCAGAGUCAUCCCGAGGGGUGGGUCCUCCGGCAGCAGAGAAGGAAAACCCACCUUUUUUCAUUGUUACGGACGCGGUGGAAUGUGAUGGUUUGAUCUUCGGCGGGCCAGGGAGGGGAAUAUCUGAGAGGAAAGGACCGAGUAAAGUGUUGUGGGAAGCGAGGGGGAACCAAAAUCCGUGUUCCGUCCGUGUCGUCCGAAACUCUCUGCUCUUAUGUGACAGUAUGUGGAUGAACUUGUCCUCGCCUUGUCGGCAGCAGCGAGUCCGACCGUCCGCAUGAACUCAAGCCGUGUGGAGUUGUGGAUUUACCGUCGCGUUUUUCUGACCCGGCGGUGGACCAGAUAAGGUAAAGUUUCAGUCUGAAUGUCUCACUGUGUGUCGAGUUGAACAGAGAACAUGGGAAAGAGGGUCUAGGGGUGCAGACAGUGGCUUCCUGAGUUGGACUCAAUCUGUCGGGACUGCAGAAGUCUAAACUGCGGCAAGUUUUUCAACCCUCCUCCUCCUCCUCCUGGUUCACCUCCUCCUCCUCCUCUGCUCGUUUUGUAGCCAAAAUGAAGCAUCCCGGACGGUGGAGAAAACCUCAGGUGGUCAAACUGUAGCGCUGUGUUGAAUAAAUGUACAUAUAUGUGAAUACACUGCAGCUUUACAGGCCUAUUUGCCGUGUACUUGGCGGCGUAAUUGUUGAUAUUUGGGAUUCCCUUUCGUCUACGCACUUUCUAAACGCCAGUCGUCUCCAAAUGGGAGCCCUGCAGCAGAACAAGCUCUGUUUCAGGACAUGAAGGUGACUCUGACAUAAGACAAUACCUCAGUGUAAGCUACCUGCAGAUGCUCUUUAUAUGCACCAACAUUACCUGCAACAUGUAACAUGACAUAUCAAUUGUUGAAUUUUGUAACCUUUGAGUUUCUUUGUUGACGUUCAGUCUCAGUCACAAGACUCUGUACCAAACUAGCAAAAGCACAACACUGGUAUUCCCCACAGUGAAGAAUCACACAGGAGAUAGCAGCUGUAUGAGAGCACUGGUUCCUGUUAUUAAGACACAGUGAACAGGAGGGGCUGAAUCUAAAGGUUGGCUCUUUCACACAAACUUAUCAUAAGGACACUGCACUUACAAGCGAAUAGUCUGGUUAAGGACAUACACCAACGAGUGAAAGGAUUUUCCUGUGAUUUAACAUCAGGAAGGAACAGUGAACACCGCUUGUAUUGAGGUCUUUAAUCCGCUGAAUGAGUCCACUGUUGGUUAACCCAUUUUGAAAGCAGCUGGGAGACAUUGUGAACUAGUGGUGAUGAAGGAGUCCUGCGCAUGUUUCAGUGCGCUGGGUUUUGUUUUUUGUGAUGGUGGACAGCCUCAGCGUAAAUACAAAAGACUUGAACAUGCCAGCUCUUAAAUGAUUCGUGGUUACUGGAAACAUGUCAAAUAUUCUCUAGUCUGAGAGAUGGAUAGUAAUAGUAAUAGCCUAAAGCCUCACAGUACAAAAGUCAGUCAGACUUUUUCACACUUUCCACUAAAUAUUCACAUAAAGUGGCACAUAAGGGUGUUAGGAUGAGAUAUUUUGACAGGAAACAUUAAACCAUAUUAGUUUGGCAAACAGGUCUAACAUGCUUUUUAUCCAUAGUUGACCCUACUGAAAGUUUCCCUCAGUGGCUUUAAGCUAAAAGUAGUUUGUGGUACUUUAGAAUGACAAUAUCAGAUCAUUGCACUGACUUGCAUCCUCACUGUAACUUGAUAUAGUACCAAAGGCUGGUAAUAACGUGGCUUUAUGACCAGUUUUACCAAAUGAAAUGAGGUCAAGUGUGAAAUACUUAAAAAGCGAGAUGUUGCAGACCUACCUGAGUAAAAAUAAACAGGUUAAUUGGACAUGUGUUUUCUCUUUGAGCUCGUGUUUGUGUUUCGUUUCAUUGGGUGCGCUGUGUUUUACUGCAUAGUCUGUACAUACGUGUGUGAAUCUGAGGUGGCAGAGCCUGAACAGUAGGUGCCCUGUACAGCCUCACCCCAACAGUAAUAGAGGAGUGUGUGCAUGUGUCAACAGCAGAAAAAAGGUAGUUGUAGUGUUGGAGCACUAAUCUGCCAGGUGGGGCUCGUAAAGAGUGCAGAGCACAUAGAGGGAAGGAGAGAUCGAGGGGACCUGCCUUGACCUGUUUCAGACAUGAAGGAGACAAAAAAAAAAUCACUGAUGACUUUCCAGUAAGGCUCACACUCCCAGCCAGAUUACACCAGCUGAGCUGAGCUACCAGCUUGUGCUACUGUGAACCCAUUCCCCCCCCCCUGGAAUCUGUGCAGACACUUGCAUGGCAGUUUCUCAUGGUGGUAAAUGUGUGAAAAGGGUUUCCUAUGGUAUUUUUGGGGCGAUUAUGACACCACAUGUGGAGGGAAUGAUGCUGUCAGUUUGGAAAUGCAGGGAAAGGAAAAUUAAAUGAGAGUAGCAGCAGAAUGAAGAGCGAGAUGUCUGAAUUUUCCCUGAUUGCUGUUGAUCCGUGCUUUUAUAGUCUUGGUUUCAUUGGCUCUCAGGGCGCAUAAUUCCCAGUGAAUGCCUUCUUUGACUUUCAUCAGGGUAACUGAAUAUUAUUGCUCACUCGGAUGAUAGCUGUUAAUGUUGACACUGAAGGAGUGCCACCUCUGAAGCCAGCACUUGUUUAAAGAUAGAGUGAUCAUGACGCUAAGAAGUGAAAGCCAGAGUUUGCGCCAUGUCCUGUCCGGAGGUAAAGCUGCCAUAGAACUAAUGAUUGUAUUCAUUUCUCAUGUUUAACGACACAGCAAUACCUUGCAUGAUUGGUUUUCCACUCCACAGAACGCCCCGGCUGCCCUAUGAAACUGCGUGCGCCGCCUUGGGUGAAACCAAAAACUAAUCAUUAUGGGUGUCCAAUAAGGGUAAUUAUCAGACUAAGCACUGGACCUGGGGAUUACAAAGUGGCUAAAUGGCUGCUCUGGGGAUUAAAUUAAAAUAUGGAGGUUUUUCGCCUGGGAGAAUCAAACCACCCUGCUAUGUUGAACCCAGCUUGUCAGCGGUAACAUUACUGCCACUUGGCAUAUCAAGGUUUAUGUGCAGAGCCCCUGCUGUUAGUUUAGCACCAUCACAUCAGUGUGGAAUUACAGGACAUGGAUUCUGAAGUUGUGUGUUGCAAGUGCGUAUGAAUAAGAGUAAAUGUUGGUAAUACCUGGUGAGCCUGAAAUGCCUGUUGAGAAAUGUCUGGUGUUAUGUUUUUCUUGAGGAUAUAUAAAACUAAAUGAGAAGCAAAGGAAGUGGAAAGACAAACACAGUAAUUCAAAACCUACGGUGUAAAAAUGACUUUUUAAAAAAAAAAAAAGCUAAUUUGGGGCAGAAAGCAAACCCCGAAGCUAACCUAACCACCCCAACCCAAUCCAAUGACAAUAAAUCAAUGAAAAUGCACUUGGCAACAGUUUGCAGCUGCGGCAGAAGGAAGCUUCCUUCAGCGGGCAGAUACCCCAAGCAGGACUAGACUCAAAGUGGCAAAAAGAGAGGACUGGACAGAGACAAACACAGAGAUAGACAAAUAAAAGAUCAAUUACCUAUAUGCUAAUUGAUUUGUUGUGUAAAUGUUUGAGUUGUUGUUGUUUUUUUUUUAUUUAAAUUUUUUAUUAAACUAAUAACCAGAUAAAUGUUAAGUCAGCAUUCAUAUGAGUGAUCAUGUGUCCUCUGCAGUGUAACCUUUACAUCCUAAUAACCUGUAAUGGAUAGUGGUGAUAGAAUUUGGACCGGAUGGUGUUGGUGGUGGUUAUUAUUAGUGCAAGACACUGGCCGCCUUGAAAUAGCGCAGAUGAAUCAUGGUCUCUCACAGGCUUGUAUAAAAGCCCACACACAGCCUGUGAGUGUACAUCCUUUCUGACGUGUGUGUGUGUGUGUGUGUGUGUGUGUGUGUGUGUGUGUGUGUGUGUUUUGUCAUAAUGCAAUAAUGGGCUCUGUAUCCGGGACAGAGGUUGCUGUUGACAGUACACAGGCCAGCUGGCGUUACUGUCUGUUACUACACUUGCAGGAGGAUGGCUGAAUGCCAUUCAAACACCGAAAUGAACGCUAGCUUCAAAUAGGAUUCACCAUGUCAGAUUGCUAGUGACAAGCGCCAGCUCUGCUAGCGAGCACCGUCUACAGCUGCCUGGACAGCUACCGUGUUGACAUUGCAGAGACUAAUAGGAGUUAUUUAUGUAACAUGUGCCACGAUAAAAGGCAAAAAUUACCUGGUCAACAAAAACUCUGCUGUCUCUGCGUCUGUUUUCAGGCCCAAAUCCUGGCGGAGCUUUCUCCACCGCUCGAAGGAUGUCCCGAUGUUUACUCGAGUUAGAUUCCCCGCUUGGUCACAUUUCCUCUCUGUCUCUGCCUUUUCUUCUGUCGGCUUGCGUUUUCUUAGCACUUCUUGCGGUGGGGCAAGCAGAAGUGUUUUUUUGUGUCCUUCUCCAUCACACAGCUCUGGAGCGUAAUCCAGCGUCGCCGCCAUGUUGGAUGGGUCUCCCCACUCCAGGCUCACUCAAGAGCCAAACGGGUCAAUGGAGAACGAGCAACUAUGCCCUUAUUUUUGCACUCUAUGGUUGAAAAAUCUGACGCAGUAUUGAAACCAGAUCACGUAGCAUUAUAAAUUACAAAUAGGAGUGAAAAAUAAUUUGGUUCAUUUUAAAUGUGUGAUAUUGUCAGGUAUUAUGGCUACACCCCUGCUGUUGUAACAAACCAAACAGUGUGAAAAUCAGGCAGAGAUUCAUAGAGUUAGUAUUAAUAUGGUUGGGCAUUCCUACCUACCUUAAUGCGCUGGAGGCGCAUGGGGGACCCAUCCAAGAUGGCGGCUGCAGUGAUAUGUGAGCUCCAAUAGGCAGCGUCGAGCUUUGAGGUGUCUACGUAUAUUAUGUCUAUGCUCAGCGAUCCGAAGAGGGCUGGGAGAGUGGGAGGGGACAAGUAAGAACUACGGGAGAGGGGUGUGUCGAAUACAGUGAGGUGAUUGGAUGGAGAGGCGGAGCAGGAGAUUGACCAAUAAGAGCUGUCCAGGACGGAUGGCUCCCAUUGGUCAAUGUUUUUGCAGCCCUGCACCUGCUAGUGUGAACGGAUUUUUUCCAUUCUUUUUUCUCUUCACUUUGUAGAGAUCGCACUAUAGGACCAUGAUCGCCAUAUAAACAAGGUUCAUAAUAAUUACCAAUCUCUCCAAUCGUCAACCAUGCCUUUUACUUUUCCCUCUGUGUGUCUUAAUAUCCUCUCCUUCCUCCGUUUUUCCUGCUCCUUUUCCCCUCUUGGCUCCCAUCUUCCUGGCUGCUCCCCCUGCCAGCUUUCUUUAUCAGUGGAGGGCCAGUGACAGGGCAGGGCUCUGUGAUUUCAGCUGGAGUUCAAACUACUUGAACUUUGUGUGAGUGCGUAUUGUGUGUUUUCACGAAUGUCUAUGAGCCACAGCACUUUUCCUCGAUGCUGUUCCCAGCCAUGUCGAUCUGUCAUCGGAUACUUGGGGCUAAGUGUCAAUCACUCAGUGAGUAGGAGCCAGAGGUACAUCUCCUCUCCAAGAAGCGCUCACAGGCCUCACUUAGGCACUCAUUAGCACACACACGCACUGACACACAAGAGCAGAAGACAUGUGCUCUCACUCUUUGAGAAUUUUCAUGUCAACACAAGAAUGGCUUCUGUGUUCAUACGAUUUGUUCUGCGUGUGUGUGAGUGUGAAUGAGUCCCCCUCGUUAGUCCUGCAAAGCGUGCCAAACAGCCUCCUCAUUACCAGCCGCUUCGGUUGGUCUUAUGUGCUGUGGUGGCAUGGUCACUCGCUGGGGCCUCACCACUCUGCUGGGCUGCAGGUGACCGUGGACCAACCGGCUUCCUCACCGAGAUCUGCUCUAAUGAAGGACACAGGUGCACGUGACUGUUUUGUUUCCUGAAAAGAAUAAUACAGCUUUUCUUUUUUUUGCUUAAAUCUUAAUAUGAUAAUUGAAAGAAAGCUGAUCUAAGGUUGUGUUCACACCUAAAGGUCUGUUUCCAAAGGACAAACUCAAUCGCUCCAGAAAACGGAACCGGAAGUCACGUGACCGCGAAUAUCGUUCGGUUAUUGGUCAUUAGUUUUUGCGGGAAUACAAACCCUGCUCUGCUGUCUUCGCCUGUCAUGGAGAAUCGUAGGCUGAUUUGGCUUUUGCUACUCAUCUGGAGCGUAUCAAAAGACGCUAGUCGAUCGCACGUAUGAACGGCUCGUUAGCCAGCGAGCGCGAACUGCGACAUCAAUUAAUACAUUCCGGAGUAGACGUGCUGCAAACAACCGACGGAUAAAGACGAGACGGCGACAGGCAUUAAUGAGAGUGUGUGGUGCUUUUCCUGUGAUUGGUGUGGAUGACGUUCACACCAGAAAUGAACCGCUCCAGAGUUCACUUGAUAGCGGUCUGAGACCACCUCUUCAGGCAGACCGGAGUUCGUUUAUUUCGUCCGCACUAGAGUUCGAGGUCAGCGUUUACUGACCCAAACGAACCGCACCAAGGGAGUAAACACUCCAGGGUUCGGUUCAACCGGACUAAACGAGGGUGGUGUGUGAACGCGCCCUAAGAAGAAGAAGGUGGCAAUGAUAGUAUCAGAACAUCACUGUGGUGUGUGUGUGGAGCUCCAGCUGUGUAUUUAUGGGCCAUGCCUGUUGCACUUCUGCAACUUAAUCAUGCAAUAUGAAAUCACACCCUGGGACUCAAUAUUACGCUUUUGUGGAAUUCAAUGUGGCGCGGUGGCUUUUUCACAGUACUGUUGGGAAGUUUCAAUGUGGAAGUGGUUAUUAUCACUGUCACUCAUGGGAAAAGAGAUAACAUAAAAGAGAAACGGGUCGACAGACUUUAUUUCCUCUGUGUCUGACAUUUAAUGUCAAAUAUCCAGAUAAGAGAGGUCAUUUUAAUCAAAACCGUACCUGCCGUGAAUAUUUUCCUGUUUUCUGUUAUUCGUCUCACAGUCAAUAUUCAACAUCCUUGCUAGAUAGUGUAACCAGUAAAGCUGUCGUCUCUGCUUUUUACUGACCUGUAAAAGACUCUGACUGUUUAUCAAUCCAGACACAUGAGCUGGAGGUUAUGGAAAAGGAACUUUUGGGGCCAAAUUAGUCAGCAAAUGAAUGAUCAACUUUCUACAUAAUAUGAGAACUUCAGGUCCAUAUUUGGUUUGUGUUUAGGCUCUGACACUGAUAAGCUGACAGUAAUGAGUCAUCAAUUUUGUGGAAAAAGUGCGUCUUUGAAUCAUUUACUGAAACUUACAUCUGAUCUUCCUGCUCCUGAAGAACUGCAGGAUACUCUGAAUGACAUGUUUCCAUUUCCUUGUAUUUUUUUAUGUGUGACAAGCCGGAUGUCCGUUAACCUCGGUGAUUUUGUCAGCCGGACAUUGCAUUUCCUUUAGGGAUUAUGAGGCUCAGCAGAGCUCUACGAUUACACAUACCAAAAUAUGUUUCUUAAAAUUCUCAGAGGAUGGAACCGCAGGAGAAAUAUGACCUCUCAGGUGCUAAAUUUACCUUUGACUCUGUUGAUAAUGGUAUGGCUAAGGAGUAAAUGUGUUACUCUGGGUAUAGUUUCACAACACAUGGUUUGGAAUAUAGACAUGUGUCUGACCUCCAGACCUCCUCUUUUAACCAUAUUUCAGAUAUUUUAUUCAAUAAACCUCCCUUAGCCACUGCUGAAAAUCAAGUAUCUUCAGAAAUUUCAGGUUUGGAGCUGUGUGACAUAAUUUUUCAAGCUUUCACUUUCCCUCAGUGCCGUUGCCGUCCAUGUUUGGUGUCAGUUUAUUUGGCAAAACACUCCAGAUAAGAGCUUCAGGUGAUAAGUCCUCUAAUGUUUAAUCAGUGUCCACACCGACCCGGCUGCCCCACACAGCUGGUGUUCAGACCACAGUGACUCAUAAUAUAGGUCACUCUGCUACUGUGUUUGAGUUUUACAUGGAAACACAAGUUACCUCCUGGUUUAGGACAUUUUCAGCUCUGCUCUACACUGUACAGGCUCCUCAAAAAUGGCUACCUUUUUCGAUCUUUGGAGAAAAGAGGAAAGAAGUGCAAAGGAAACAGACUUCAAAGCAUGUCGAAGGCACAGCUUGGCAAGAAGGGGGCAGGGGAGAAAAGGACUUUAAUAGGGGAAAGCUCAAGUUAAGACGUUCCUUGUAAAUUCCUCAGCCUCACUUUUAUUUUUUUAGGUGUUCGUCUUCUCAACAGGCCAAUAUUUCCUCUCUCUCUCUCCUACCGAUUGUUAUCUUGUCUCACUCACUCUCCUCCCCUCUUUUCGCUCCGCUAAAAAGGUGACCUCCCCCAACUCACCCCCUUUUCCUGUAACUCCCCCCCUUCUCCCGCCUAGUCCUGGUGUAUUUUUGGAAGUUAAUGAAAAGAGAAAUCUGAACCGCUUACCCUUAAAAGGUAUGUCUGGGUCAGCUGUGUGGAAACUUGUGUUAUUAAUGUCCCUAACAUUUUCUUUGUGAGUGGGUCAUCUGUGAUUGUAAGUUUGUGUGCGUUCGGUGCCGCGCACAGCGCAGGAAUGCUGUGGGUUGGGGGGGGGGCUGGAAGGGAAGGAGGGUGGGCUAGCAGGCAGGCCUAUGUCCUCAGGAAAGGAGGGGGGUCAAGGGCAUAUUUGGCAUAUUUCAGGAGCCAUUCCAGUCUGGUUCAAGAUGCUCUCUCACUUCCUAGAGAUCUGACAGAGUGGCCAGACGGACAGCGAUUAGGGGAGGAGAAGGAAGGUGAACAUCACGCUCUACUUGCAGUCAGUCCCAUGAUGCUGGUGGGGAGAGAUGGCAGAGAACGCACAAGCUGAAGUUUAAAAGCUGCCAGCACAGGUUGUAAAAAUACACAGAAAUGCCACCUCAAGCCACCUACAGACUGACAGAUGUCUGCCCCCCUAGAAGUCUAAAACCUCAUAUACCCAUAAACAGCUCCGUGUUGAACCAACGUCCUUCAGGCAGCAGCAGGGUUUGUGUGUCUUGGGUACUAACGCUACAAUUUAAUGACUGUUGAGAGCAGUCGUGUGUCUUUUUCUGCUCCUCUUUUGUGGCAUUAUAGAUGGAGUGCGUCUUCUUUAGACUUUAUGAUGUUUCUGCGUCUUCUUUGUCGUCAGAUACCCACUGACUGACGUGACGGCGGUUGGCACGGUUGGCAGAGGUCAAGUUCAUAGUGAGGUUGAGGUCUGAAGUCUGUUUUCAUGAUCCAGUUGAGACAGUAGCUGCGUUUCCAGUACAUUUUUUCACAAAAUAAAAGCGAUGUUUAUCAAAUUUCGACAAAGUACAAUUGCGAUUUGCGGGUGUUUCCAUUGAAUGGUGUUCAGUGCAUAAGCGAGCCAUCUGCCUCUCGCGAGCCGUGUUUAAAUGGCUGUUGCCUAGCAACGAGGUAAACUUCCUGCCCGUGCGACCUCGUAUUCCUUAAGCCUUUUUGCACACCAACAUGGACGAGACACAAAACAUUUUGCGUUUUGGAGCAGCUAUUUCUGUGACCAUUACUGCAGUUGCCGCUGCUGUCAUCAGAAGACGAAGGCAGCGGGUGAUAAUUCAAAGGCAAAGCUCGUAUGUAUGGGAGCGAACACGGAUGAGCGAUUUCUGGGAGAGGAUCGUUAAUGAGGAAUUCACAGACGAAUUGUGGAUUCAAAACUUCAGAAAAAUACAAAUACAAUUCAAAACUUCAGAAAUAAGUCCGUCUCCUCCCCCGUCCACAUAUACCGUGCCAUCUACGCUUGAAAUGAACUGGUCACUUGACCCGCUACGUCACGUCCGGUGACAGAGAAUUGCGAGAAAAGUGUUUCCAUUACACUUUUGCGAUAUACUUCUAUAUCGACACUUCUGAAAAACCACCUCAUGAGAGCGUAAAAACUUUUUAGCGAUAUUUGGGAGGUUUUUCGAAAUGUAGGUGUUUCCAUUACCAGUUUUCUAUUGCGAUAUUUACGUUUUGCGCAAAUCUAUGGGUAAUGGAAACGCAGCUAGUGUUGAAAAUACCCUUUCCUGACUCUGCUGUUUCUCUAUGAGGCUCAAAGACAGCAUCAAAAUGUGCCAGCCACCUCUUACGCGCUUUGGUGUGUCUGAUAUCUCGUCUAUUUUUGAUCUCUGUUGAAAAUAAAUAAAAGGGAACCACCUGAAAUGUGACUGAGAAAGAGGAAAACCUGUGAGAUUUAACACCUGUUGGCCAUUUCAGACCAGUGCUUCAUGUUUUCUCCCGUAUUUUGCUGCCCUGACCUUCUAAACUUGCACCCUUUCUUUGUAUUUGUCACCUGUUUGCACUUUAACCAGGUCUCACAAACAGUGAACACCAAGAAGAAGUCAAAAUGAAAGUUUAGGGUCAUUACGCAAACACUUGAACUUUUUAAAAUGAAGACAAAAAUGUUCAAAUAUGUCAGAGUCAGAAAUACAAUACAGUGUCAGCAGCUAGGAAAGUAGCACAUAUAAUUACACUGUAGAAAUACAGUGUGUACAGCUGUUUGCUUUUCAAUGUUUGUUCAUUUGGUCACAUGUGACCCGGAGCGGUCCGGGUUCAGAACCUCACGUGCUCUUCCUGAUGAUCUGUCUGUCUGUCUGGAUUCAGCGUCUUAACCUUGACUGUAUGAUGCUAACACGCUCUCACACUCUCCUCCUGUCUGACCUGUUGUAAUCCCUCGGAUCUACAGGGCGGCUCUCAAAAUAAAAUUCCUCCCGCAGAUUAUUUUCCUUCUGAUCAGAAAAUAUACAUGUUCUCAGAGAGGAAUGUUCAGAUGCAUUGGCGACCUGGCGAUUGCUCACUUCCCCCUCCUCUGUUUCUCUGUUUCUCCGCUGUUUUGUCUUCUGCACUCUUGUUUGUUCAUUCCCUCGGUGGAUCAUUUUUUGCAGAAGUUCAUUAGCGUUAACUUUUUUUUAAACUUUCACCCAUUACUUUCUUUUUUUCCCUCUAUCUUUGUCUAAAACCAGCAAAUUGUUUUUCUUCCUCCAGACAGACAUUCCUUCUUCUGUCCAACCAUCCAUCCAUCCAUGUUUAAGAAAGUCUGGUUUUAAGAGCUUUCGUCAUUGUGGUGCUGAUGCAUGCAGACCCCGACUGCUCGUUUAUUUUCAGCCUCUCUUUUCCUGUCCUCUGCACCCCUAACUCCCUCCUCUUCUCUGUUUUGCUGUUAUUUUGUGGGAGAUCUACGCACUUUUGCAAAGGGCAGCCGGGAGCUGGGUUGGCUGGUUUUCCUCUCCAUGCCAACGUUUCUUCUGGAGUUCAUUCUCAUGCGAGCUCUCUCAACCCGGGGAAGUGAAGCAGUACAAUGCCAGCCGCUGCGAAGCUGUAAAAACAGACGGGCAAAAGUGCAGCUUUCUACUUUAAGGAACAUGCUUGAACCCUUUCACCUCCAAGGCUUUUGUAGUAAUAGAAGAAGAAGAAGAAGAUGAGUAACUGAGUAAAGCUUGACGUGUAUUUUUUUUAUACUUAUGCUUGGGCUUUUAACACGAAUGAGAAACAGAAGAUGAGCAAAAAAAAGAGGAUGUCCAACUUACGAUAGUUUAUGGCAAAACACAUCAGAAUUUGGAAAUGCUGAUUCACUCGAACUCGAAGGGCAAAGUGAGUGUCAAAGAGAUGGCGCCAUUGCACCUACCCGUCAGUUUGAGCAGACCACAAGUGGACACUCAAGGAACUGCAGCAUUUCCAUUUUUCUAUUACAUCUGAGGUUUUCAUUACAAAAAAAAAAACAUAUGUAUCAUUUAUCCCAGUCUUCAAUGACUUCCUGAACUGUUAUUGUCCACAUCCCACAAAACUUUUCUACAAUAUGAGACAGCAGCAAAAAAAAUUAAACACGAAAAUCAAUCAAUCAAGUCAAGUCUUAGCUUAUAUCAUUAUGGUUAAAUGGACACAUGGAUCACAGUGAUAACACAGAUUCUGCUCACCCAUUUCCUUAGAGGGACACAGAGAAACACACACAGACUCUGAGUGAGUCAUUAGCUCACCUCUGGUGGUCCCUGUUCUUCUGUUCCUCUUUUACUGCAGGGCUGAGAGUCAGUUGACAUCUGAGUAAGUGGGUAUUUGUCGAAAACUCUUUUUCAGAAAGUAAAACACUUAAAACCGGUCUGAGAUUGGUUGUCUGACUCAGCUGUGUGUACAUGUGAGUGUGGACAUGGAAACACAGGAGCCUCACAGGAAUCCCAUUAACGUCCUGAGUACAUGAGUGGCUCAUUUGUGCAGGUAGAACAUCGUGGAAUACCGAUCAUAUUUUAUGAGCCGACCUUCAGCCAGCCCCCUAACUUUUUCCUGACAGAGUCAGGGUUUAUUUGUAAGACUAAGCCAGUCUUAAGGAUACCCAGACCCCCUCCUCUGUCCUUCUUCAGCAAAAUAUCUCAAGCUUGCACUGCAGACAUUUCGCUGAUGUCUUCAUCCACAGUGAAGAGUGCUGUAGUCUGUUGUUUUGGCUAAUCGACACAGAAUUACUGCGUUUUUGCCCUGUGAGAGGUUUGGGUCUCCAGUGUGUUUAUACAUAUAUGCAUGUGUAAAUAUGUUUUUUAUUGUCUUCUUGACAGCCAUGCCUACCACAUUUGGUUUUGGUGUGAGGUUAAUGUCUGUGGAAAUGAGUUUCUCUUGCUUACCCACUUUUCUGCUGCCUUGUUUUCACCCUGUAGUCAUACUUUUAAAAUCUUCAAAACCUGUCCCUAAUCAACCUCACGCUGCCUCCUACAUCCUUUUACUCGCUCAAAAAGCCCCUUCUUCACUCCAUCUCCUUCUCCCUCUGUCUGGACGUGAACUGAACAGAAGAAUGUGGUUAAAUUAGUGUUUUAUCUCUCCUGCCAGCCAGCUGCAUCUGCACCGCCGGCCAUGCCAAGCAUUUGAGACACAAUUGACCUUAAAAGGAAACAAUAGCAGCCUAUCAAUUCUGCUCUGUCAGUCAAGGAAUGGCUCACUCCGGCAUGGGCAGGGUCCAGCUGACACAUACAACAUCAGGAAGUGUUUGGAGACUGAACUUUAAAAUCGCUAGGGAAAGCCUCAGCGCAGCCAGGUUUUUCUUUCCAUGUUUGAUACCUGUUUUACUGCCUCCGAACAGUCUCAUGGUGGGAUUUCAGAAAGAGUUUUUAGUCCGAUUAAUCCAGAACACAUGCAGCCCAACCAGCACUGGCACAUUUUGACCUGAUGCUUAGCUGUGGGAGAGUAGGAUAUAACUUUAAAAACGAAUAGAUGUUUGUUUCUGCCUUAAGGUUGUCUUAAAAUCUGUCAGACAGGCUUGGAUGAACUUGUCAGUCUCACUUGUUGCCAUAUUUUGUUAAGCCAUCAAACGUGUACUGUUACAUUGCUCGCUGUCACAUCACCGUUGUUGCGUAAAUGAAAAAUAGUCAACACUGAUCUGUGUAGUCAGCAGUAUUGUCUGUGUGCGUGUGCGAAUGUGUCAGCUGUUGUUUGUGGAACAGGGAGGACUGAAACUCUAAAACAUUAGAUAUUAAGACAGGUUCAGCAGGUUUCAUGCAAAGUGAUAGAGGUGGAUGGUUUUCCUUAUGACAGCUUGUCAACUUUUAGACAAAACUGUUACUCCGCCUUGCCACUCAGCUGGAAUGCAAAUGGCAGCGAGAAGAAUGCCGCUCACAGUCUUCAGCGGCAGCGAAUAAAAAGUCAGCCUCGUGCUCUUUUCUUCGCCGGUGUUCCCUACUCCUCCUUUUUUUUGUUAGCUGCUCCUGUCUGCUACUUUCUGGAUCUCUGCUUCCUGUCUCUUCUCCUCUGUGUGCGAUUGUCUGCUCACUCUCUCCGCCCGGCUCUCUUUUCCCCCUUGUCCUUCUCCGUCUAGGCAUCCUGUUCACUGUGUUUGAUUUGGGCAUUCCUUUCCUCCCUGAGCAGACAAAACAACCCCAGACUUCUCUGAGCUGCAACCCCCAGUGUGCGCACACACACACACACACACACACACACACACACUUUCCCUUCUGCUAAUCACACACAGGAAAUGGGCUCCCAUGCAAACGAGGCCUGCCUGGCCAGAGGAGCCCAGGAUGGAGUUUCAGGCCUUGAAAUGUUCCAUGUCCAGAGAAAUGUCCAGAGGAGGAAAUUGAACAUGAGCUCUCUCUUCCCCCGUCUUUCAUUCUCCCUUGUUUCCUCUCAUGUUUUACUUGACACGGUUCCUCUGUCCUGUCUUUUGACACUGUUCUUUCCAUUUGAAGGCAUCUAUCUUGCUGCGAAACAUCUGCUUUCAGGCCAUCUUCUGUCUCGAGAUUCCCUCCAAUCUCAUUUUUUAAACCUUAUUGCUAUUUUCUUGUGUGUGUGUGUGUGUGUGUGUGUGUGUGAGACCCAACUACCACUGUAUGUUCGGGAAGUGUCAAGCUCAAAUACUUAAACAGGCGGCUCACAGAUAACUUAUCGACUAUGAGAUAAAAGCUUUACACAAAGAUAAACUUCACAGUAAAGUAUGUUUACAUCUGAAGGAAAAGUCUAUUUACAGAACAGAGUUUAUAAGUAGGUUGGUGUCAUGUUAUCUUAAUGUCACAUGAUAGUCUUGUUUUUCAAAUCAGUGCAUUAAUAUCAUGAAAGAAAAUAUUUGAUUAAAUUAACUGUAAUCGGCUUUGAUCUACAGUCAGAAAUGUGACUCUUUUUAACUGUACAAUAAGGAUCAAAGAUUAUACUGAAGUAGAAGUCAUUAUGAUUUCUACUUUAGGUUAAUUUCACAUGACACAGGUAGGGCUGGGCGAUAUGGGAAAAAGUUUAUCACGAUUAAUUUUUCUUCUAUCAGUUGAUAUUGAUAUAUCAUGAUGUAAAAAUGAAAUUCAACAGUGAUUAUUGGUAGCAUGUCUUUUGCAAUAUAAUAAGCUACUGCAUCUGUAAGGUCUGUGCGUGCUCUGCUAUAUGGCAGGGUUUUUCCUGCGUUCAAAAUUGCGUGGCGGCCGCCUCCACCUAAUUUUGUGCCGCCCCCGGCCAGAGCGAUUGAUUUCGCUCAACACAGCGUAAAGCUCCAGCUGUGUUGAUUGAGUGUAUGAUGUCCUUCUGCUGCAGCAACGUAUUUUAACUGCAGUUGCAGCGUUGCGCCACUAUAGAGGCGCUAUAUCAACAGCAGUGCACCGGAAAGACCUGAAGCAUCUACCGAAGAAGAAACGGAUCGAAUCAUGUUUUUUCAAGUUUUUUUCCCGCUAGUUGGUGCUGUCGGCGUCCUGAUUUUCCCUGGCGGAUGGUACAAACAGGUAAAUACUGCUUGUCUUUUUUGCAUCCAAGCAUGACGUGUUUAUUUAAAAAAAAAGUUUCCUCCGUUUUUUAGCGUUGCAGAUAUGACAGGCAAAAUCAGCCAGUACUUUAAAAAGCGACCUCGCAAGGAGGAAAGUCAAGAGUCCAGGUGAAACACAGCAGAGAAAAAAAAGGAACAGGCAGUUAAAAUGCUAUAAUUCAUGGUGGUGACAACGUGGAAAUUUGUGUCAGGUCUGAAAGUACUUCACAAGGGACUGGUGAUCGCGAGGGUCAGAAUGCAGGACAGGACGAGUCGGCGAGGCGAGGGUAAUUAAUUAAUUAGUUUCCAAUUAGGAGCAUAACAACGCAAAGCCAACGUGUACAUGGUUUUUAUUCCUCUUUCCAGAUCUUCUCAAAAACACAGAGCCAGUGGCUUUGACAAGCAGUGGCUCAAUCAAUUUACCUGGCUCAGGCAUACUGAGGAAUGCAUGCACUGCUAUUGAUGCCAAAAGCACUGUGCCCCAACACAGCAGGCAAUUGCUGCCUCCUUAGUGAGACAGCCAUCAACCAACUACAGGCUGGACACAUUAAAAAGACAUGAGGUGACAGCCAUUCACAAAGCAGCAGAAGAGAAGGAGAAGUAUAUUAAAGAUGGUAGUACCUAAAAACACUCAACUAAUAAAUAAUAACUAAUAAUUAAUAAAAAAUAUAUAAAACUAAAAGAACAUAGUUUAGAUAGUUUAAGAAAUAAUUGGUUGUCGUUUUUUUAGGGAGGACACUGCAGCGUAUACAUAUAUAUAAUAUAUGAUUGAAAACACUAUCACUCUUCAUGUCUGUAUCAGAAUAAAAACAAAAAUACUUAAUGCAUGAUGAAUUGUUUUGUUUAAGGUGAAGACACCUCUGCGGAACAGACUGAAGGAGAGGCACUUGGAUGUCUGUUGUAAGGUGGCUGUUGAUGGACCAGACCAGGAGGCCUUGGACUACAAGGAGUGCAUGAGGAGGUUCUACAGAAUGAAAAAGAGGAGGCUGAAAUGUUCUGUCUGGUUGCGAGAUGUGUGGAUGAAGUGUACUUUCAAUUUAAAGUUGCCAGCUGAUUUGUGUAUGUAUAUAGUUUUAAUAAAUGAAUGCUUUAGCAUGAUAAUGGUCACACUCUUUUUUGAACUCUUAACUUAAAGUAUGUUGCCUGUAAAAGAAAGUGAGACAGUUAAAUUUACAAAUAUAUGCACGUCAUGGCGCAUGGUCAGGAUGGUGCCACCUCUGCCUCAAUAUGAGCCAGGAAAAACCCUGUAUAUGGCACUGCUUCAGGUGGUAAAAGAGAUUUUGCGAGAACAUGUACUUGACAUAAUUUGCGGUGCACAUUACUCUGCUUCAUUUUCAAUAAUAGAAAAUUAUGAAUAAUACCUCCACACCACCAAUGUUUUCGUGCCAGUGUUGUCAACGAUGUAUCGUGUUGAGCCUUCAUCUGCAUUUCUGCCAGGGGUAGCACUCAAGUGCUAUAGUUGCGUGUAGCCGCAGCCUGCUGUCACGCAGUUGUUUGCUACUCUGUUCUAAUUCAGCACAUGAUUCGUUCAGGGCAAAGCGGACCCGGAGCAACUCCCCUUUUUAUUGGCUAUUCGUAUAGUAUACCAAAGCAUGGCAAAAUGCCGACUAUCGAAAAUCAUAUUGACCAUGUUUUAUAUUGAUAUUGAGGGAAAUUAAUUUUCAUUAUAUAUAUUAAUCGUUUUAGCACCCAGGCACAGGUAAAUUAGGUGGAUAGUGUUCUUGUAAUAAGACUUGUUUUAGAAAAUCUGGGUUUACUGAGGUGAUUAAUUUUUCUUUUUUUUGUAUCUUUAAUACAGACCCUGGAGAAAUGCCACUGCACACUGUUUUGGUUUAUUCUGCUGAGUAACGCAUUGAAUCCUGCCCGACCUGACAUGCUGUGUGCGUGAGGAGAAAGGAGUGGGAGCGAGGGAUGAGAAGGAGGCAGCUGUUUUUAGUUUUGUUUGGUUACGGGUUGGCUUACUGUCUGAAUGAAUAGCUCUGACCCCCCCUGUACACACAAAGACACACACACACACACACACACACACACACACCAAACAGCCCCACACUACACAUACAAACACAGACAAACAUGUGGUCUCUGGUCACUGGGGUAUUUGGCGUCCUCUGAAUCGCAAAGAAUGUGUCGAAUCUCAUUAGUAAAACCAUAUAUUUGAAUUUGGUGAUUAAGUGGCAGAAUUACACGUCUGGGUUUUAAUGCAGGAUUGAGGAGUUGUUGUGUGGCAUGAGAGCGUUGGAUGACUCAGCAAACCUGUGUGCUGGUGUCAUGCCACAGUGCUAAUAAAUUUAUCAUAAUGCUGGAGCUGAAGGCAGAGCGGCAGGACUCUCUCCUUCCUUCAGAGAAGAGCUGUGCAGGCUGAAACAGACAGGAUUACACAGAGAGGAGCUCAGAUUGGCAGGAGCAACUUAAAGACUGAGUCUUUGUGUCUAUCAGAAGGUGAUCUCGCACAUCACCCUGACUGUCUCAGAUAAAACAAUCAGAGUCAGUGGAAAUCCUCUUCCUAAAUGAUUUACACUGACUGUAAUGGAUACAUUUCAGUCUGAUCAAUCAAUCAAUCUCUUUAAAAUGACAGAAAAGUCAAUCAACAAUUUUGAUUGGUUCAUAGUUGACUAUUUAAUCUUUAAAGGCAAGUUGUACUCCAAAUCCCAUUGGCAUAUUUUCUUUAUUUGAGGAUUAGACCUUUUCAAUUUUAACCUUAGCCUUAAGAAAUGAAGCCAAUGCAGAAGUGCGUAACAGCUGCAGAACCCAGGGUACCAACUUGAGCCAGCAUUACCAAUAUGGCGACCACAGUCGACCACUUCACAGACAAACAGGUGACCGUCUACGCUGAUGACUAAGUGCUUCGGUCUUUUGACAAUGAGAUUGGACGUAAUUGUCCUUUCAAAACUGCCCGCAUGUAAAACUGGCAUCAGUAGCUCUACGUUAUCAAUCCUUUGGCAGGUCAUUGUUGUCACAUCAGUUAGCUUCAUUUGAAUUACAUUAAAAUGAAUCGACAAAAGUAACCCUUUGCAGCUGUUUUAUUUCCUCUUUUUUUUGUCUUGCUGUAAAAGUCCAAAGGGGAAAAAAACUCUGACUUCUCCUGAAACUUUUAACAGCUUUUAACCGUCUUCAUCGUGAGGAUUGCUUAACUCAUUUUCUCACUAUUUCAAACACAACUUGAUCAAUCAGACUUUACUUACUGUGCUGUCUAUUAUCAAGGUAUGUCCCUGUACCAGAGGGUCUUGUUGCUGCGUACAGGAAUGUUCUCUCGCUCCUCCACCCCCCCCCCUCCAUCAUCCCUCCACUUCCCUCUCAUCCUUUAAAUUCGGUCCAGACUGCAGUCUUAAAUCUGGAUUCUCUCUGCUUAACCAAACAUAUGGAAUGCUACUGUAAUGGAAUGCUCCAAGUCUGGACUGUGUGUGUGUGUGUGUGUGUGUGUGUGUGUGUGUGUGUGUGUGUGUGUGUGUGUGUGUGUGUGUGUGUGUGUGUGUGUGUGUGUGUGUGUGUGUGUGUGUGUUUUACCAUGCACAUGUUUUGCAGCAGAUGAGAGCUUCUAGGAUGAUGAUGAUUAUGAUAAUGGUGCCGUGUGUUUGCGUCUGUGUGUGCGCACGUGUGUGUGUGUGUGUGUGUGUGUGUGUGUGUGUAUACCAGUGCCUCCCUAGAGAACUGAAUAGGCCCUUCUGUUGUCGUGGCCAAACACUGCUUGUCUGCUCAUGCAUGAGUCUAUUGCAAAGCCUCAAAAUGCGUCCCAUAUCUGAGCAGUUAGCUCAUUCUUAGCCUGUUAGCUUGACUGUGAACGAUCUCCUCUACAGUGACAGCAUUGUAAGCCUGACCACAGGCUCAGGGCCUUGCCAACUACCAAGCAUAACUGUGGUGAAAGAUGGCAUGAACGUGUGUGUGUCCUGAUAUUAUGAUGACCACUGAGUCAUCUUGCACUAACCUUGUGCCCUGUUUGUGUGUGUUUCACCACAGGAUGGAGGAUUUGGAAAGAGAAGCAUAACAUUUGGGACAAAAGGAUGUAUGGAAAAUGUAAGUGAAACUUUUUUAUUGUAGUUUUUCCUUUAGCGCCUUUAGUAUAACAAGAGGACUCUAGGAGUCAUCUUCCUCCUGUUUAUCUCUGAGACAUGACAGCAUGAAAAUCCCCCUUUGACCUUUAUUUUUUUUAACCAGACCAGCUGUUUCCCCCAUUUACUAUUAAAUGCUAAGCUAGGCUAGCUGCUUCAGUCAUCUCAUAUCAUCAGUAACAUUUUAGAUUUGCGCUCCUUACUUCUUUAUUCCUAAACCUCUCCUCACCUCCUCCGUUGCCCACCUUUACUUCCUUUCCUCACUUCCUCCCCCCUCCUCCUCUUAGCUUCUUCCGCUCCUCCUCUGCUCUUUGUGAGUCUGUUUCCUGUUGGGCACAAACGCCGGCGCCGCAGUUCCUUCCCUGUAGCCUUAAGCCACACAGGAGUGGCAUACAUACACAUACUGUAUUAUGUACUGUAUAUAUUCUGCAGCACAGGGUUCAUGCACCCAUUUAUACUGCUCUAAAGGGACAGCAGCUGGUGUGUGUAGACGUGUGUGUGUGUGUGUGUGUGUAGAUGUGUGUGUGUUAUUAGGCUAGGUUAGUCAGCAGAGACAGAACAUGUGUCACUGUCUUACCACAUGUGCUGGGCUGUUUGCAGAUUAAGGUCAAUAUGUGGCCAAGGCGUGUUUGGUGCAUCUCCACUGAGCUUCAUUUACAUGCAUUUAUAAUUCCGGUUGCAAGCCUGCCAGAGCCAAAAUAAUCCAAAAUACUCAGCAGCACCCAAGGUCCAUGAAAACAGACAGUAAAACGAGAGAAGGGUUGAAGCGUCUCACUUAAACUUGAUAUUAAUGAUUGGGAAUAACGCUGCUUAAAGGGGGUUUCACCUUUACUUGUUGAUUUUGAGAUAAAAAAUCUAAUAAUAAUGAUAUUUUUUUUAGCCCUUUUAAAGUUGUUGUUUUUUUUGCUCAGCUUUCAUGGUGUUAGGAUUUGCCAUUUUUGUGUUAUUUAGUUUUAAAAAGAGCUAAAGUUAUUUGUAGAUAGAUUGUCUAGUAUGCUCAGGGCAAACUUCGUACUCCUGGUUAGUCCUGAUUGCUUUACUUGAAACUCCAUCAUAAGGAGUACUGACUCAUACCAGAACUACAUGUUUAAAUUCCUGUUUGGUAUCCUGCUACGUGUUCAAAUACUGAAGUGCUUGUGAUGUAAUGAGCGCUUCAGCUUAUCAGUUGUGUCCUCAAAAGCAUAGGCUUUUACUGUUUUUGGACAUUCUAUAAUAACUGUAUUAUUCAGUACACGUCCACCUCCUCUCUGGUACUGCUUUAUCAUUUUACCUCCUGCUGCCUCCCCUGCUGUUUUCAUCUCCUCCCUCCCUCUGUCCGUCCUGCAGGCAGUGCUGCAUUCCUGCUGCAGUAAUCCACUCUGCCAGCUACCUGCUCUGCAUUCUGUAGUCACUCCUCCUCUUUUUUUUUUUUACUCUCUUUCUCCUCCUCUUCUCCUCUCCUUGCUUACUUCGCAUUAUUCACACACUGCUGUCUGCACAUUUGCUUCUCCUUAGCUUACUUUUUUCUUGCCCCCCUCUCUCUCUCGCUCUUGCUCUGUGCUGCUUUUUUUCGCUCUCUCUUGUUUCUUCCUCAUCAGAGAGCCACUGAGAUCUCCAUUCAGCUGCAGCAGGCAGCGAAUGCCAAGGCUCAGACUGAUGAAGCACCGCCAAGCUCUGCCAACCCGGCUCUGUAUGUGUGUGUGCUCUGUUUUAGUAUGAGAAAGCAAUGAAUGAGCAGGAUGUCAAGCAGCCAAGCUGAAGGUUUGAGGGCUGUAUGUUGAGAGCUAUUGGCGCGUCCAUGAAUCGUCUGUGUAUGUAGGCAGUUGUCGUCAGCCAUCAGGGGAGCUAAAAUGCUCAAUCUAUCACCGGCAGAGGGUUUGAUGAUCAGCUGUCAUCGCUCCCCUCUUGGGUACACUGGAAAGGACAUGUAAAUGCAGCAGGGAGGCAGGCAAGAGGGGAUGACGGGUAGGGGAAGGAAGCAGAAAAAUGCGGCAGCAGAAUUGGGGGUUGGGGUGGGAUUUAAAGGUAAAGGUGAUAUAAAGGAGAUACCAAGGACUGAAAAAAAGAGGAAUGGGAAGUGAAUCGCUGCUUCAGGAUUUAAACCACAUUUGGCGGUUUAAAGGCUUGGUUGACGAUUAUACAGCGAUCAUGGUCCUAUAGUGUGAUCUCCACAAAGUUAAGAGAAAAAAGAAUGAAAAAAAUCCGUUCACCCGAGCAGGUGAAGGUCUGCUAAAACAUCGACCAAUGGAAGCCAUCCAUCCCAGACAGCUCCUAUUGGUCAAUCUACUCAACACACCUCUCUUUCAUGUGUGCGACUCAUCCCCUCCUACUCUCCCGGCCCUCAUCGGAGCUCUGAUCGGCUGAAAGUAGCAUAUCAGCUUAGCUACAGGAGCUGUGAUGAAGAAGGACACAGAAAAACACUUCUGCUUGCCCCAACGCCAAAAGUGGGAAGAAAACGCAAGCCGAAUGUGACCAAGCGAGGAAUCUAAGUCGAAUAAACAUCGGGGGGUGGGACACUUUUUUCAAAUCUGCCUCAACGGCUCAGUUUCUUUACACUGCUUCUCGGAUCGUCAGCCAUGACUUCAAUAGAAAGAUUUGGGCCAUUUUGUUCCUUCACCAAACAUCUCCAUUAGGCAGCGAAGCUCAUGAUCUACCUGUAAGACAAACUUGAAUCAGUGUAGAAGACGGAGUACAGUAUUUCUGUCGGCUAAAAUAAGCUGCUUCUCACUUCACGGCCACCCAACACUGUUCCUGAAACCGCUCUGAUCGAUGUCUUUAAGAACCGGAGAGCUGGAGGAGGAAGUCACAGCUAAAAUUUGGCUACAGAUUGUAUGACUUGCAAACAAGUUGAGCACCUGCAAUAAGCGAAGAGCAGCCAUUUAUUUUACAGCCGGUCCUCUGGCUAUAACCACUUACUGUUGGAGAAGUACUGAUUUAAACAUGAAAACGCUGUAUUCAGCGCUCCCAGCAGAUUUUUAUCACAUGGACUGUUUGUUUUGGAGAGGCGGUAACUUGAGCUGAAUUGGUACUGUGUAAAAACCCUAUGUAUGAUAUGUAGCGAAUCAUUGUCUUAAAGCGACAGAAGCUAAAAUGAAGUGCUUUAGACAGAGGCUGAAAUAACAAUGUUUGAAUACACUAGAGGGAGAAAUUCGAGGCUUUUUUUAAUCUGAAAAUCAUGUAAACCUAUUAAAAAAAGGAAAUAUAGACUCUGGAAAAAAUCGCAUACUACCCCCUCUUUAAUAUCUUGAAUAAACCUUUUAUUGGCCAAACUUUUUAAACUUUUCAGGUUUUUGAGACUGAUCUAUUAGUGGAUAGAGGUAAAUGAGUUCAAAGCAAAACCAGCCCCAUGAGUGUCUGCUCUUAUCACCUUUUUAUCUCUCCUCUAACUUUUGCCUGUCUGCCUCGCCUCAGUCUGUCUGACUCAUACUGGUUCGCAGGCUUUAAGUGCCCUGUGUUGACUCUAACAAGUGUCAUCUUGUUUUGUUGUUUUCACGUCCUCUUAUCGGUGUAAAAUGAUGACACACACACAUUCCUUCGCACGCAGUUCAUCGUCUCACACAACAGCACAUAUCCGCCCGCACUCAUUCAGUCAUAUAAAGUUUGUGCUGACGUCUGCUGAUACCUGAGAAUGCCUGAGCAGCUGUUCAGCGUAUCUUUGUCACUUUCGCUUGAGUUGACUGAUCUAAAGUAGACCUGUGCCAGUGCCUUUGGUUGUAUUAUUAGGUCUGUCAUGAAAAUAUUACAUGUUCCCCUUAUUUCUGACUGUAGAAGGUUUGGGUUCAGUCAUUCUUGAACUUAAAAAUGAAAAAUUUGAUCAUCAAUUUGAAAUAAAUACCUUUAAUAUCUUAGAACUUAUGAUGGAAAUCAAGAAUCAACUUAUCCACCAUGCAGAGAAGUUCAGAUGUCUCUACAGACUCAAUGCAUGCAUGUUGUUUGUUGUCAAAGCACCCAGUCUCUCUUUUGUUACGGUGUGUCUAAGUGCUGAUACAGCUCAGUCCAGUUUGACUUAACUGCAAUAAAGUAAAAGACGAAACAUGAUCUGCUGCAUUAAUCAGGGUCUCACUCCCGUUUGCCCCUGUGUCUUGUUUGGCGUGUUUUACAUGUUUACAGUGUCAGUGACCUCUGACCCCAAACACAGAGGGCAGCAGGCUCAGGCCAUGCUGAGGAGAAGUUGGGAAAUAUUUCACUAAGGCAAGUCGGAUGGGACAUAAAUCUGUGUGUCAAUAUUAUUACUCAACUUGAGUGUUUUGAAGCUCUUAUGCUUGUGAGUCAAACACAUUUGCAGGAAGAUACAAAUAGUUCUGUUAAGAUAAGGCCUAAGAUAGCCUGAUAGCUGUUUGUGAGUCUGGUACGAUCCUCUCAGGAAGAAAACACAUAAUGCUACUAGUGCUGAAAUAAUCAAAUUCAAAUUCAACUUUAUUUUUACGGCACUUUUCAGACAAAAAAUGAAGUUCAAAGUUCCUCACAGGAGCUAAAAACAACAAUAAAACCUGAACCUCCCACCCACACACCCACCCUCACUCACUCACUCACCCACCCACCCACAUACACAAGCGCACACAGUGUGAGGAUUUAAGAUAUACUGUUAAAGAGACAUGGCCUGACACCGAGACAUUACGUGAGGAAAGAGCUACCUUUGGGAAACACUGGAGAUAAAAAAGUGAAAUAGUAAAAAGAAAGACCAAAACCUGAUGGACUAAAACAAGAAAUAAUAUUAAAAGAACAGUUAAGUAAGAGCUCUUUACCAUGUAAAAGAAGAAAAAACCUCUAAGAAUGAAGAAAAAGACUAAGAACAGAGAUCAUUAAUAAAAUGACAUAAAAUAAACAUUAAGAACUUUGAUUAAAAUGAACAUUUGCAGUAAGAGAAAUAUAAAUAUAAAUAUAAAAAGGCAAUAGUGAAAAGCCUGGUUAAAAAGGUGAGUCUUGAGCCUCUUCUUAAAGUUAAAAUCAAUCAGUAAAAUAUCUGGAUACUAAUCUGAGAUCGUUUUAAGAAUUGAUCUCCCAGCAGAACUUUUUUUUAAACCCCUGCUUUAGGUCUGGGACUGUAUUGGGCCAGAAUUGUACUAGUAAGAAGAUAACGUACCAAUAAUAAUGACCGCCAUUAUGCAUUCUCCAUGGUCCCCCUUCUGUGACUCCCAAAAACUACAACAUGUUCAGAACUUCACUGCCUGCUUCAGAGACGACAUCAAACCUCCUCAGAACAUCACUACCCCUCUCUCCUCCAAUCUCUGCAGCUCCAGUCAUUAAAAUCUCACCUCAUAACCCACCCUUUCAAAAUAAAAGCUCACAUUCUCGGACAACCACUUCCUCGACUGGCCAACUUUAAAAUAUUAUAUUUUGAUUCCUCUAUUUCAUGUUUACUUGUCGUCUUUGAGAGUUCAAAACAGUGCUUCAUAAGUCAUAUCAUAUAUUAAUAAAUUAUCCUAGUUACCCAGGACACUGUGUCCCUUUGCCAGCGCAAAUACUGUGUUUUCAUCUGAACUCAUUUCAAUAGAGUUACUCUAAAUCCCUUUGGCCGCAGCUCUGCCUGAGGACUACCUAGCAACUGACCGGCUUGUUCGGUAGCUGCUGAUAUAAGUAGCACGUCUAAUAUCCCUGCUCCACUCUGCUUCUCAGUCGCAGCAACAGUUGCUGUUUGAUGUAAUCCUGCGUGUAGAGCUGAUUUCUGAUCAAGAGCGCGCUCUACUUUUCCGUUAUCCCACCAAGACCUUGAAGCCAAGCUGUAAAGCACUGAGGGCUUUGAGUUUGAUUCAAGAUCCUCAAAGUUACAUCUGCAAUGGGGUCAUAAAGAGACUUCAGAUGUUUUGUAUGUGUGUGUGUGUGUGUGUGUGUGUGUGUGCAGAGGCAUGGUGCAUGCUAGACUGCUGUAAGUCCUGUCAGACUGGCCAUACUUUCUCCACCCCCUCCGUUUAAUUUUUUCUCUCUCAUCUUCCUAUCAUGCCCCUUUGCUUAAGCUGGGAGCAGGUUUUAAGCCCCAGCAACAAGACUCUUGAUCUAGGCAGAGAGGGGAAGGGUGGGGAGGGCAGGAGAGACCUAGAAAAGGCUCUGGGUUACUGGGCUAAGAUGAAGAUAGGACGGUACAGUCAAGCUUUAAAACGUGAGUAUGAAUGUUCACCUUUGACCUCACCGACUUAAAGGUGCACUAAAGUUUGCUACCCUAGCAAACCUGGGAGGGGCAGUAUUGUUAUUGUAAUGCAUGCAGAUUUCUGUGCAGGGUACAGAUUUAUGUUAGCUGGUAUCUGCAAGCUUUUGGCUAGUGUCCCAUCUCAGUUGUUCGACUUAAAUCACAUACACUGACGCGCACAGGGAAAACAAAAGGGCCUAAAUUCUGUUGUCUGUCAACAAAGCAGCCAGAAAACCCUCCAGUAAUUAAGGAAAAAAGGUGAGAACUACCAGUCUGUGUCCAGGAAAGAUGGUGAAAAUAAAAGAUGGCUGCAAACUUGCAGGUAAAGAUCAUAUAUGUGGGUAAAUCCACAGCCUCCAAACAUGGCAGUGAUUAAUAUAACUGUCUCCCGCGAUGCCAAGUCUGUAGCAAAAAUACGCCAUAAGACAGGGAGGGUUCCUCUGGAUUUAUAUGGCAGAUGGCGUCCAUUCUACAUACAGUCUAUGAUAACACCUUCUUCAUAUUCUAUACCCGAGGCAAACAACCGUUUAUUGGACAAAGUUUAAUAUUCGGUUGUUGGACCAUUUAUGCUAAACUCCUUAAUAGGGCGAUUAUCAGCUGUUCUCAUCUCAUCUAAUCAGAUAGUUGAUGAGUUUCUUGAUGAAUUAUAUUAUUAUACAGCUAAACUUGUUUCCAAUAAGUGUUGCCCAAUUAUGACAGAUAAAAAUACUAGAAUAUUGAAGCCCAUGUCUUAAAAUACUCUGACAGUUUAGUCAGAGUUGUUCUGCUGAGCUCAGUGUACUUAUUUGCACAGACGAAGCCAAAUCAGAUGAAAACAGACUUGUAGGAUUCAGACUGUUGACAAAUGACAGAAAAAUACAAAGCGAAUUGAAACCAAGUGUUCGAUCACAAGCAGUCAGCCGUGAAGGAAAGUCCCUGGAGAGAAAUUGGAAAAAUCAUGACCAUUUACUCAUCAUUUACUCUUCUUUCAUCCUGUUUUGAGACUAAGAAGGGAACAAUGUGGCCAAUGAGUAUCUUAAUAUUGAGUGAUGUUGCUCUUACAAGCGGACAGGACCUGCUUUGUCAUUUUAGUUGUACGCGGUUUACUUACAUGUCUUUUCCAAUAAACAAAUCUAUUUUUCUACCACAGUUGACAUUUGUGUACCGGCAUCCUCGCCACAUUUCAAUACUUGAACCAUUUGUGGCCAUUUCACUCUGGAUGUAUAGGAAAUAUCCAGAGAAAGGAGGUACCCUGAUCCUAUUUUAGCUUGUUCAAAUGAAUUGGCUUCAUGACCUUUAGUUUUAGUUAUUCAUUUUAUCUGUUGAAAUGCAACACUGCCCUUCAUCUCUUUACCAUAUUUCCAGGAGUGGUGCAAAACUGAAAGGGUGAAAAAGAGCAGCGAAAAAAGCAACAUGACAGCACAGGAAACGACAAACCGAACAUUAUGGGAUGCCGGUUUUCUCUUUCUUGGAAAAACGGAAAAAUACAGGCCAAGCAUCAGGUCUCCACCAUCUUGUGGCUUCCAGCGCUGCGCCAGCAUCCAUCCACUGCAGCCAUCUCCACUCGCACAAACACACACACUAACAUACACAAGGAAUUUGUUACACAUUCAUAUACGCAAACUGGCAGUAACCCCCUACAUGAAGAUGCGGUUGAGGCAUUUUGAUUGGACUGGGGCCUUUUAUUAACUACCGUUUAUGAGGCAGAAGAGCUUCAAACCAAGAAAAUCCAACCAAACAUCAAGUGCAAGAGAGGAGACUUUUUUUUCUCUCCUUCCUUCUCGCUUUCAUGGAGAGAACAGAAUGUACUUAAGGCAACAGGCAGGCAGGAAGAGAGUGGCUAAAGCCCUAAUGAUAUGGUGUAUGAUUGUAACCUUGGUUGUGUGAAUAUGUGUGUGAGUGUGUGUGCAUGUGUGUUUGAGAGGGAGAGCGAGCAGAGUGGAUCGACUUCUUUAGCAAAGUUUCUACAGUGGUGGGCCGUCCAGUCAGGUUGGCAUUUUAGUUGGAGGACAAAAUGAAGCCCCCACCCACUCAUCCCUUCCUCACAUCUGCAUUGCUAUCCAGUUGGGUCAUUGCAUGACUAUCUGUUUCUGACCUUCAUUCUUUCUUGUUUAAUAUGAAACACCCUUUCUUCACAAAUUUCCUUCGAUGUUCAGUUAUGGUUGGUAGCAUCACGGUGACAUUAACCCAAAAUGGGCCACAAGGCAACUUCUAUCAACCCUUGCCGCUUCUUGUGUCUUUGUGUUGAAUGUAUCCCAAAAGGUUUAAGGUAAAAUAUACCCUGUUAAAAAUGAAAAAUGUAAGUGUUUAAUUUUAAUGAAUGAGCUUUUAAUGAAUUCAUCCCCUGGAGGACUCAACUAAUUAAAAAACAAAUGUUUAAUUACUCAAAUUACCACUAAGUAAUCACCACAUUUUAAGUUUUAGGUACCCCUGAGGGUCUUAGGUAAAGGGGAUAUUUUCCGCUCUGACUGUAUCAUGGUAUUAAACUCCUGUUUAUCAGGCUCCCAUUUCUGGUGAUGUUUCUGGGUCCAGCUUACUUUCUUCCUAGACAUUUGAAGGCCUUUCUUUCUGAACUUAAACUCUAACUAGAAAGCCUCUGACAUAUUCAGGCACACAUCAUGUUCAGCUAUGUGUAUUCUGGUAGUCUUUGCUCCUCUCGCGCAUAAACAAUCUCCGCUUGCUUUUUGUUACAACGGCACUAGGGGUGCAGAUAUUAGUGGAAGGUCAAAUACAGGAUCUUGUUGUCCAUUCUUUUGGCAUUGAAAGGUGUCAGAGUCAUUCAUUGUCAGGGCUUUGUUUGGGCUACUUUGAUUUCAUGUGUGUUGGUGAAUUGUUUUACAUAUUCUGCUUAAGCUUAGUUGACCAUAAACCUUUACAUUGACAAGUUGGCUAAGAAAUCUGGUCUCCCCAUGGUUCUAAUCAAUGGAUUUUGCUGCCACACCUAAAAGUAUACAAACUUGUGAAGAAUGCAGUAUGAAAGCAAAAACCUUUAGGUCGUUUUUAACAGUAAAACCUUGUGUCACCCCUUUAGUACAAGGAAACCGUGAUAUUUUUGUUGAAGGCUAUUCUACCACCAGAAUCUCUAACUGGAGAGGAAAUCUUUUAAGAUUACCAAGUUACUACCAAUACAAUAACUGUAUUGCAAGAUUUAGGAUGAUGAUUGUUGAUAUUUGUUCCCAAGUUGGAGGUAUGAAGCGCAACAGGAGGGACUUGCCGUGCCCUGGUUUGUCCAUCAUUGGAAAUGAGUUAGUUUCCCUGUCCCACAGCUUCUACCUCCCUACAGGUUUUUGUAGAACCAUACUUCCUUCCCUUCUUUCCCCACAUUUUUAGGCCCAGAUUUUGGACAAAUCGCUCGACACCAAUUACAUUCCCUGCCAAAUUCUUCAAGAAGAAUAAUAAACCAAGACACUCCUUAUUCAUUAAUCUCAAGUAGGAGAAAGUCAAAGUAAUGAUGGGAAUAUAAGGGUUCAUGAAUACUCAUCUAUAUGGAACAUGAAAAUUCAUGGUCUCAGACUAAUUUCGGAUAAUCUACAACCCUUUAUCAUCAUUGUUUUUUCUCUUCUUCUCCAUACCUCUAGUUCCCUCCUAUUUUGGCCCUGAAUGAAACUAAUGAGAUCUCAGCCCUGUGAUAAGCAAGUCAGGUAUGUUGAUUGGUUUGGCAGAGGUGGGCCUUUGCCAGAGUCACUUUGCACGCACCACCACCCCUCAAAAGUGCCCGCUCGGCCUUGCUGGUGUGCGUGUCCGUGAGAGAUGGAGGGGAGAGAUGAGGGAGGGAAGUGGAGAGCUGGCAAAGAAAUAAAGGGAGUGUGAAAGGAGGGGUAGGCAACACGCCAAGACAGGAGAAGCUGGAUACACCAAACUUAACCAAAGCAAGGAGAAACCAAGGAUCCAAAAUCACCUUUGAAUCGUUACUAUUGUUUGAAGAAAUUGUGACUAUGACCAACCCCUGGUUUUACACAUGUAGGAAAGGUUUCGUUGUUAUCCACUGGAAAAGGAUCAGUCAGGACGGGAUCAGUCACCUCACUUCACUCAAAGAAGAAAAAUCGCUCUACAUCUCACCUAACAAGCCACCGCUGCGCAAAGCUAACGCAAAACAAAACAGCUGAAUCGAGUCAAGUGUUUUGGUACAAAAGCGUUCAGCAACCUUUGCAGUUUUUCCUCCGUUUGUUUUGUUCCCCUUCUGUCUUCGGUCCAUGUAAUUUCCGGCAUUUCCUCUACGUCUCAUUCUCCACUGAGAGAAUUACCAAACCACCAAACCUCAUGAAAGUCAAGAAUAAUUAAAAUGCUACAGCUAAACGCUUUGAUAUCACUUUGUGCUUUUUCAUUAAGUAACUGAUGCCAUAUUGGCUUUCGAAGCUUACUGCCUUGGUUUAUGUUCAACAAGAUAUUUAAUGAAUUGUGGGAAGAAUGGCUUGUACUUUUUACACCAAAUGAAAUAAAAGAAGAUUCAUGAAGCUAAUCUGAAGCUAACCAUAAUGACAAGUUCUACCUUGUUGUAUAUUGUGUACACACAGAGUUCUCAUACUUAAAAAGGCUGAGUUAAUUUGCUGCAUUGGUUGAUGUUUUUACGGCAGUAAAAGAUAUUUACUGUUGAGGAAUAUUACUGUAGUCCAGAUGUGUAGUGGUUUAUCGCAGGAGACAGACAAUCUUUGAACAUGGUGCUACAGACAAGAGGAAAGAGGCGGCAAAGAGACGGUUUUCAGGGGGGUCGAUAAGUGAUGAUGUGUGCAGAUGUUGUGUCCUACCCUCAGGUCGAUAUUCCCCUGCGGUCAUUCAGGGGAGCUUAGCAGAGUGAUGGGGGGUGGGGGAGGGGAGUUAUAGGGUUUAGAGGAACAGAAAGACCCGCUCCCUGAAUCAUGCAUGAGGCAGAGGCUUGAUUUUCUGAAAGCAUGCUGACAGGGAUAUCAAUACUUCUCUGUUCCCGUCACAUAGAUAGGUCCAUUAAACAUGCAUCUGAUCAUAACUUUGAUAUAAUAGUUCACUGACCAGGCAAAAAGGAGUCCUGACUUUUGCUUACAUUAAAUCUUUCAUUGUCUUAUUUUUAUCUGCAUAAUAGUCACAAACUAUCUUUUAAUCAUCCUUUUAAUCUCCAAGUGACCAGCGUAGGUCUGUGAUGUGGUAGUUGCCAUGGUGAUGACAAUGUAUAUCUGAAUGUGAGGGAAUGGGAAGGAGGGCAGUGUUACUGGAAUAUGCUGAUGUAAGCAGAAAGCAAAAAUCGAUACGGGAUACAACUGCAAGAGGAAGACGAAUGAUCUGCAUGUCUGUGUCUGUGUGUAUAUGUGUCUCUUUGUAGGCAUGUUGGAGAAAUACAGUUUAUUGUGUCUGCCUCGUUCAGACUCGGCUUAUGCGACAGUCCUUCAGCAAGCGCUCCUCCUCUCACUCGCUCAGCUCCUUUUUGAGAAUGUUAAUGACUGUCAUUGACAAAUUAGGAAUGACUAAGUGUUAUGUCCUCUCUCCCUCCUACAGAUGACAGAUUUGCCUGCUAAACAUCACUCUUGAGGGAGCUUCACAGUCUUAAAGGGACCGCAGCAAAAAACAGCCCCACAAGGACUCCUAAGAAGGAUUUGGUUCUACUACCACACACAAAUGUGGACCCAAAACUUUGUGAUCAAAUAACCUGAGCAACAACACAAACGCAACAGAUCAAUCGCAAAGAAUUUGGUAGCCAUGUCUGAUCAUAAAGACAUGACACAUCGCCACCUGCGGCACAAGCUGCAGAGUCUUGGCAGAAGACUGGAUGAACUGGAAGAAGCAACCAAUAAGCUGCAGAAAGCUGAGGAUGAGCUGCUUGACAUUCAGGUAAGAACUGGUUCAUAUCUUAUUAGCUGAUAGGACAUACGUUUGUCAGAUGCAAGAGUUAAAGGGAAGAUUCUCUGUCUCCUCUACAGGACAAAAUCAUCCAGGCAGAAGGCAGCAACUCAUCCCUCCUUGGUGAUGUGGAGGUCCUGAGGAAGUGUCUCCUAAAGAUUCAAGGUAAAGAUGAGGAAGUACGGAAAGCUGAGGACCUCUGUCGAUCAGUUAGAGAGAAACUGGAAGAGGAAGAAAGCCUCACAAAGGAGCUGAAAGCAGAGAUCGAACGUCUACAACGGAGGAUGGCUGAACUGGAAAAACUGGAAGAAGCUUUUGGGAAAAGCAAGUCUGACUGCAGCCAGCUCUGCCUGAGCCUCAAUGAGGAGAAGAACUUGACGAAGAAGCUCUCAUCUGAGCUGGAGGCCCUGAAAGCGCGUUUGAAGGAAGUGGAAGGCUCUGAAUCAAAGCUGGACAAAGCAGAGCAGGCUUUAGCGAUUGAGCUUGAAAAGCUCAAAGGAUUCACCCAGACUUUUGUGAAUGAACGGAAAAGGCUACUAGAAAAGCAGAGAGAGGACGAGAAGACCAUUUUGAAACUGACUGAAAAAUUAGAGCACCAGAAGAACCGGCUCGGCAUGUCAGCGGACCCUGGUCGUCCAGAUUUUAUCAGAUCGCGGAUUGAGGAUGAGCUUUCAUCCACAGGGCUUCUCUCGAGUAAAUUGGUUGGACGCAAGAAGAGCCUUGACUACUUGAAGACGCCUGGUGACAACAUCGGUUUGGUGAACAAAUCUGAGAAUGAGAAGAACAGCGGCCGUGAAGGUUCCCAAGAAGAGGACAAUAAAGUAAAGGAGCUGACACAGGAAGUAGAAAGGCUGAAGAAUCGCCUCAAACAGCUGGAGAUAGUGGAGGAGGAUCUGAAGAACUCGGAGUCUAAAAAUGGGGAGCUUCAUGAAAAGUUCCAAAUGGAGCGAAACCGGGCUCGCCAACUUGGUGAGCAGGUGGAACAGCUAAGGAACCAGCUUUGUGGGAAAGGUGGUAUCGGAAGAAAUGGAACCGGUAACGUGGAUAAACUUGGCAAUGGGAGCACCAAUGUUUGCCCAAACAGCCCAGCGAAGUUCCUUGAGAACGGUAAAGCUGAGAAUGAAGAAAUUAUCCUCAAAGGAGGCUUCAGGCAAGAGAAGCCCAAAUACAGGAGCGCUGCAACUGUCUCAGAACCGAGUUCCCCUAAACACAGGAACAGGGAGCUCUCUCCUCAACAUAAGCGAGAGACCAAGCUGAGAAGCAAAGACCUGAGCCACUCAGAGGAGAGCUCGCCUAAGUCUGUAAGGAGAGCCCUCAGUCCUGCUCACAAGAUUAGGAGGACGCCUAAAACCCCAGCUGCUGUGAGUUCAUCUGAUAAUGGACUGAGAGAUAUAGGAAGAGGAGCCGAGGAAAAGACACGAGGAGUUCCUGUGCCCUCUGUGAACACAUCUAGUGAUACUAAAAAAGCAUCUGUACUUAGUCGCUACCCUCCGGCAGCCAACGACCAGAAACCACUGAGGACGGCCCACAAACAGACAGAUGGAGAGACUAAAAAGAGCAGAAUAGAAAAGUUUUCAAAGCUCUACGUUGGUAGUGAUAGUGAAUCAAAUAACUCUGAUGUAGUGCCUGAAAGCUGCAGUAACAUGAACAGUAUUCCUGCUUUAGAGAAAGACACAGCAUCCGCUUCUGAUCAGGAGACAGCAGACCCGGUCCAAGAUUCAGUAUCUGUCGCACCCACUCUGUCUAAAGCAAAUGGGUCCUACACAGCCUACAGAUCCCAAGUUACUCCACUACUGCCCAGCGACCAGGGAUCAGAGGGACACUCAUCUGCUUCUGAAACAGAAUCAACCGGUUCAAGACCCUCUGAACCAGAACCUAUAGCUGAGACGACUACUUCAACUGUAAGCAGUAGGACUGCUGCCUCCAGGUUCCCUAGAUACUCCCAUGUCCAUGAUUCACAUUCAGAGGGUUCCUCAUCUAGGAGCUCAUUUGACGAAGAACUCCACAGCAGAACAUCCUUAGCUGAGGGGGGCCACCAAGGACCGACGCUUACUGCAGCAGGGCUUGAGAUUCAGCGAGUCUGCAGCCCACGCGAGGCGCUGAGGUCCAAAGCUGUCAUCAAACCGGCGAUUGUGGAGAUUGACAGGAAAGAAGUGAUGAUGUCAGAACCUUUGGCUUCAAAUGGCAAACCCAAAAUCUCCACCAAACCAAUGGUGACCACCACGAGCAAAAUGACCAGUAGUAUUACAAUCUACCCCAAUGACCCGAGCUCCUCCAGAACCAGCAGCCGUAGCAGCAGCGUGUCCAGCGAGCACGUGCCGGUCAAAGAGCGCCACACCUCCACUAGUAACAUCCUUAUAGGUAAGUUUUUACCAAACAGCUUUGCAAACGCAACUCCACAAGAUUUUGAAUGCUGUCAAAAAUGUCAAUAAAAGCAGAAGAAAUGAUCAAAAGACUGAAACUAUUUAAUCUGAAGCCGAAAACAUUCAGGAUCCUUAUUGAGCAGCUCGAGGUAUCACACACAGGAUGCAUAAUUGGAGUGUAGCAGCAGCGUAGUGUAGCCCCGCUCAGCUGGGCUCAGUAUAGAGGAAACAACAUGCUCACACCAGGUUGUUUUGCCUUUCUCAAGUCUAUUUCCUGCUAAUUUGAAUAUAAUUCAGUGACCAUUGAGCCUCUACUCUGUGUGAAAAAGAGGCAGCGUGAUUUUACAGUUUUGUUUUUUGCAGGUUUACUCGCGUUUAAUAAAGUAAUCUAUGUUCCUUUAUGCUGUGCUGUUACCUUCAGACAGAGUUAGCAGUUAAAAGUCCUGUUGGGGUCCACAUAGAUCAGGGAUUGACCAUUCGAUUGAUAAAUCCAUGACCAGGAAGUAUUUCUCAUCUGCAUGAACUGACACACAGUCGGGAGUUCACAUAUGGUGUUUUAUUUUGAAACACUGGAUGACACAUGCUUGACUUCCUGUCUAGAACGAUCUUCUCUGUGUGGACUGACACACAUUGGAAGCAUAGAGCUGCGUGAUACGUGACGCUGCUGCCACACUCCAAAUACACAUCCUGUAUGUUUUAGCCUUAAGAAGUAUGAAGACAACACAUCACAACUCAAAAUUUCAUUGUUUUAUGAAAAGUAUGUUUAAAUUUGAUGCCAACAACAUGUUUCAAAAUAGUUGCAGACAGUGGUAUCUACUACAGAGCCAUGGUGCUUUGAUAUAUGCAACAUGCAGUUGGACUUCUUCUUCCUGGCCAUUACUGAGGAGGACAUUGUCUGGAGGGCAGCAAAUGUUGCUCCACAAACUAGUAGGUUCGUCUUCUGUAUGGAGCAGAGGACAUGGCGUCCAUGAAAUAGAGCGCCAAAUUUUGAUUUGUCAAACCACAGAAUAUCUUUCCACUUCACCUCAGUCCACCCUAAAUGGGCCCGGGCCCAGAGAGUUUCAGCCAGCACAUCUGGAUCAUGUUUACACAUGGUGUCCUCUAUGUGCAUGGUAAAGUUUUAACCUGAUUUUGUGGAGGCAGGGACACACUGUGUUCACAGACAGUGAUUUCUGGAUGGUAUUUAGGAACACAUGUAGUGCUUUUCAUUACAGAGUCAGGGGUGUUUUGAGUGCAGUGCCAUCUGAGGGCCCAAAGAUCUCUUGGCGUAGCCUAGUCGUUCUUCUAAUUCUUUUUAUUUCUAUCUGAACUUUUAGCGCAAAACAAUAUUGAAUGUGUCUCCACUUAUUGUCAGGUCCCAGCAGUGAGCAUCACGGCAGCAUCUCCGUCCCGUAUGAGAUCUCCAUUCCUAAGAGUGAGAUCACCCUGCGAUCAUGCCAGGACCAGGAUUGUGGUGGACUAGAUGACCAAAGUGAAUCCUCAUCAAGGUCUAAACUCCACAAUUCCUCCAGAUCAGAUACUACCACCAGCCACCUGUCCCGCAGCAACUUCAGCCUCCAGUCCUCGGACACCACCUCUGCGGACUUAAACGACACUGAGUCGGGCUUUGAAAGCAGCAGCAGCAGUAGCACCACCACGGUCUCCAGCUGGAGACGCCAAAGACAAAGUCAGCACUCCCAAGAGGACAGUUUAACAGACAUGAAGAAUGUGACUGUGAGAAGCACCUGGAAGAACAGGGGUGCAGUGUCAGUGGAUGAGGCCGGCCGAGGAAGAGGGGCUACAAAGACAAUGACUGAUGGAGGGUCAGAGGAUGAAAUAGAAGCCACGACAACAUGGAGGGCUUACAGGGCCACGACCUUCGAUACAGAAGAAAUGAUAAGCAGUGGAACGGGAGCUGGUGGUCAUACUGAGGUGCAGAAAGGAGUCAAGCCGUCCCCUGCAGAGGUGAGAUGAUAAAAAAGAACAAUCUCAGAAAAUCUGAUGGAUCAAGUCCCUCAGAAGAGAGAGUUAGAUUGAAUAAAAGAGGGAAAAAAACAUUUGAACUGCUUUGAGUAGCUGUUUGUGAUUUUCCUCUCCUAGGUGUACAUGCGUCGGAUCAACAACAGAGAGGUCGAGGAGUCCGGAGUACGUCGUGGCAAACGCUCACAGUCUCCAAGUGUAGAAGCAGGAAGUGUGGCGAGGGUCAUCCCACAUGCCCCUGUUACCUCUCAGUCUUGGAGCCGAUCAUACACACAUCAACCACAGGUACGGAUACAAUUGGUACGAAGAAGUUUGGGCUGGUAAUUUUACAUGAUGGGGAAUUUUCAACAAGACAAAGUUGCUCUCUUGGUUUAAAUACGACUGCGUAAUGGGGUUCUGAGAUUCUUUAUUGCUGCACACGUGAUGAUAUUGUGAGCAGCAGUUCCACAAAUAGCUUUGUCUUCGAAAUAAAAGUCCAGAAAGUCCAACCGCAGGGCUGAGCUCCUGGUGUGUCCACUUUGCAUGAGAGCUCAGCUUGUAUUUUUCCCUGGAGCCAGGCUUUGCGACUUCAAGCUUAGCACAGCAGUUCUCUCAUCCCAGGUCCUGGUGCCUCAGUAAGCACAAAGGGAAAAGGGUGGGACAAAAAAAGAGGAGGAUGGAAAUGAAGAAAAAAAAAAAAAGACCUCGACAGGGAAAAAUAGGGUUCGAAAAACCUCAGAGAAGAAAAUAGCUUUCUUGUAUUUAAAUCUGCAACCACAUUAUAGUCUGUAACACUGCCAGGAUGCAGAACUUUUCUUCAUAAACAUUAAUCAGUGCAACAGUUUUAAUACUCGCCUUCAAUUAAUGUUUAAAAUUAACGAAUGCUAAGCUGUGUCUACGCUAAUGUCAACACAAGAUUUAAAAACUAUACUGUACUAUACGACACAUAUGCUGGACUAAAGGCUUUUGAAUAAGAUCUGUUUCCCCUUAUAUAUAAGCUACGUGUUGCCAAGGAGACAGACACACUCAUGCAAAGUGUCCGCUGCCUCAUCCAUCAUCUUUGGUUCCGUACUUUCUGGUUGGUUUCUACUGUUCGAUAUCGUAGCACGCUAACUGUGUUUGGGCUUGUGAAUGACACCGGGGAGCAGCUUCUGCCUCACAACCAGUCAGCACUGAGGAGCAGCGUCUCUCAACCAAUCAGAAUGGGGGAGGCGGGGAAUGGCUUCGUUUACAGUCAGAAGGAGCGUGCCACUCAAAAAAUUUAAAAUGUUUACUUCACAGACAUAACAAGACAUAGCGAUAUUGUUAUAACACCCAGUGUCAUCAAUAACUAAUAGCUAUUGAUUGAUAAUAAAAGCUUUUUUCGUAUAUACAUGCCUACCCCACCUUUAACACUGAUGGCCAAAUGUCACUGAGAAAAGCCAUAAUUAUACAAAUAGAGCAGCUGAAGAAGUCGUAGAGCUGUGAUUGGGUCACGACUACUCCUAAUUUACCACCCUUCAGCUCCUCCCAUCCCGUCAUCUGCACUUCAUUGUGCUCUGUAUGAUAGUCCUGGUCCUGACAUGGGCAGAGUGGUUCCAUAUCACGCAUUAGCGAAAGCAUUUCAGGGUCCGUGCUCUCAUCAGUUCUACUGCAUGGCCUUUACCCCAUUUCUCCAUAUCUGGUUUUGUUCUUUGCUCAGGACUGUUCGUUAUGCUCCUGCUCACCUUUUUCUGACCCAACAUCACUCACCCUAAAAGCCGGAGGUACUGUCUUUCUUGUCCUCCGGAUUUUUUUGUCUGAAGUUCACUUUAUGGGAGUUUCCAUUGGCUGUAAAACCUUGUCCCUCCCGAUGUUUAAUUCAUGAACCAGUCACUCCAUUUGGAUAGCAAUUAUGAACAAAAACGGCUACAGUGGAAAAAAACAUACUUCAGUUCAUAAUUGGGCUUUGAAGCAUGUCUUGGAGCUCAGCCGAUCAUCUUUGGUUUGGUUCUUGAAAACGUUUAAGUGGUCUGAACAGCAUCCAUUCCCAAGAGGUUUGGACAAAUACAGCUGGAGUUAGGACAGCGGGAGGUUGGGAUUAGUUUGUGAUUGCAGUGUCAAAGGUUGACAGAAGAAGAGACACACGGUUUGAUGAAAGAAGACCGAGGCUUGUCAUUGUCAACUGAUGUCCUAUUGAUCAUUAUUUUCAUUGCCUGUAUCGCUCUUUAUUUUUGACACAAAUUUGAUGAUUGAUCGCAGAUAGGGUCAGACCGGGAAUAAGAGCUGCUGUAACAUAUAAAAGGAAAGGAUUCUCAUUAUGUAGAAGUCUCUUAAGGUAUAUCCUGCUUAUAAAUUAAGAAUUAUCUCCUGAAAAUCACCUAUUGAUGCAUCAAUAAUCCAGAAUACUCCCCAAUUCCUUUGAGUACCGUGGAGGAUCCUGCAAAAACAGAUAGCUUAAUGAUUAAAUGUCCAUAAUGCCUGAAUCUGUGUCUGCUAUCUCACCUUUUCCAAAUCAGAAAAAAAGAUGUGAAUUGUUUUCAUAAAUGGAUAUUAAUCCUUAUUAAUUUGAAGAGCCCUCUCUUUUUUUUCUUUUUUGCCAGUUUCAGGUCAGAUUUUUUACUCACUCAGUGAAAGAUUUCAACAUCUGCUGGAAAGAUUCUCACAGGCAGGCUCAAAUCCCAGUCCAUGUAUUGUAGUAAUUAACGUCAUACUCUGACUUUUCCUGCUGCCUCGCUGCAAGGUUAAACUUUUUGUUUUGAGUGAAAUGCCUUUAAUUCACUUGCCGAAUUGCUUUUACAUUUGGUACAUACCAACGUGUCUCCAGGGGACAAUUCACAACGACUUCCCCAUCAACUUUAGUAUUGAGAAGCCUAAUUUUUACCCUGUCCACUCACCAAAAACCAGUUAAGCAUGCUUGUAUCCUAAACUGAAAAGAGUGCAAAAAUUGAGCAUAUGGCCUCAGCACGAAUAGACCUGAUAGCACACAAAGCGUGAGCAGGACAUGAUUCAAAACACACUUAAAGGCCAGUUCUUAUAUAAAUCCACCCAGAAGGUCAGCGUUUCUUCAUCAUUCAAUCCACACCUCAUCGUAAGUGAACAGAACAGCACUGUAGUAAAAUCUUCCUGCUCCAGCUGUAGGAAACCGCAGCCUGGACAUGAAUGGGCCGUGAACUUAUGUUUGGCCGAGGACAGCGGGGUCGUAAUGGCCGAUGAGCAAGAUACCAAAACAUCCUUUGUUAAAUCAUAAAACCAGUGGAAGUAAGAUAAAGUGUUGGAUCGGGCCUUGCUCUACUAUUUCCCAUUUUCUUGGUGUGACCUGAUCAUAAAAAGCAGCCACAGUCUCACUCUCUAACCCUGACACCCUCAGUUUCUCAGCAGUCCAACAUCAGACUUCAAAAACUCUUGAAAAGCAAUAAAAGAGUCGCUUUUAUAAAUCACGUCCAAUAAACAGAUCACCGCCUUCGCAAAUCAAACACAAAGUCAGCUUUUCUGAAACACUCAACCUGCGAUAUCGAGAGUGUCUUUGCCUGUGAAGUGAUUUAACAGCUUAGAUUGGCAAAACAGCGCCGCUCUUCAGAACAUGGAAAGAUACCAGAGGCCGACAGAUUUAACGCAGGGAUUCGGUUUGCUCAGUAAACGCUCUAACAUGCUGCUUCUGUGUUUUCAUUUGUCAUUUCAAACGACAUUAUCUCCUCAUGAUAUAUUCAGAGUGGACCUUAAAACACUUGAUGAGGUGUUUUUGAAUAGAACAGCUGAUGAAUGUGGGAUUUCCGUACUGAAUGUGCUCCUCUGUGAUGACAGCAGCACUUACAGUUCCCAGUAGAUUUCCCCUCAUGUGGCACAUUUUCUUACUUAACAGUAUUUAUAACAGGCUGACAUCGUCCUCACCCAAAUAUCUUCUUAAAUUAACUUUCAUCCACUCAGGGAAAAGCUCUCCUUUGCUCUCCCCUGUGUAUUUGAAUCACCUUGUGUCCUAUUUUAUGUGUGAAGUGAUCUCAUUGUGUGGAGGUGUAACAAUGAGAGUGCAUUACAAGGCAACCUUGCAGCCGGUGGCUUACCAUAGAAGGAGAAUAUGCCGCUGCUGCGUCCUCCUCACAACGACCCAAGCAGGAAGUGACCACACUGAGCACACCCACUUGGCAGUUUUUACUGGUGACUGAUUUCCUGUCUGUUACCCCUGGAGACAGAAAAAAAAGAAGGCAGUCCAGCAGGGCCCCAUUAAAGCCAAUUAGCAAGAAAGUGUUCUAAAACGGCAUCAGAAGCCAACUCCAACCCACCAAAUGUCACUAAUUAUGGUGCUUUUUAAAAAGCUGAAAUUACAGGAGUGGGGUGCUGUUUUUCUGUGUGCUUUAGGAACUGCAUCGUCAUCUAACUCUCUCUUUCUUAGAACAGGGCUCCUGAGGUUAUGAGGGGACGUGCCGUUAUAGCCGCCACAGACUAGUAACUUGGGGUUUGUUUUCUAGUCGGCCCUCCAAAUUAUAAAUCUCUCAGCUUGGGGUAUGUUUGGGGUUUUUGGUCGGGGAUUUUUUCCUUGGCAGGAGUCCACAUGGCAGAGUUUCUUUGUCACACACCAGUUAACAUAAACAGCAUGUAUUUAAUGCCCACAUAAUAAGAAAAGUCCAAACAAGGCCCCAAACCAUCCAAACAAAGUGUCUCCGAGCUUCUUAACAGAAAACUGGUGUGAGUGAAGUGAACUCUGCUGUUAUGAGUUUCUUCUUCUCUCUUUUCCAGGCUGCUAAUAGCACGGAUCCCAGUCCUAACCCGAGCCACAGCCCGGCCUCCUGGAGACGGCAGAUUCCCAGCAGCGACUCUCACCACCCAGGGAGCUCUUAUGACAGGACGACCAAGGCAGCAGGGGCUUCCUCUAGAGGGGAUUUGUGGUCCGGUCGGGGUCAAGGGUCAGGGGCCAGAACCGAGGGGAGAGGUGGAGCCGGGAGCAGACCGUGGAGCCAUCGCCAGGCUGAAAAUCAUUAGUCCGAGUGGGAAUUUGACAGCAGAGUAUCAGGUAGGGAUUCUCCACGCUCCCACAUUUGUUUAAUUAAAGGACCUGCUACAAAUGACAGCUGUGCGACAACGUUAACGACAGUUCAAAUCCCAGCAGAGGUGCAGUUUUGUACUAACCUGAUGCUGCUUUCCUUUUUUUUUUCAGUCCGUCUAUCAGGAUCGCGGUUAUCCAUAGCGCCACAUUUACUCUGAUUCAUUUGUGGACACUUAAAACUCGAGUUAAAUGCUAACUAACACAACGUUUGUCCUUGUUCUGCCUCUGUGUUUCAGUGUUGUUAGAAAUCAGUCUCUAAAAUUUCAAUCGGAUAUGCACUGUUUAUAUUUCUACAGUAAUAAGCAUUAAAUUGCAGUUUUCUACUUGGCUUACUUUCUGAAAAAUAUUUCUAAAAUUGCAGACUAAUCAUGCUUCUUAAGGAGACGAAUCGCUGUGUCAAACUGAAGAAUUAAAUAUGUUCUUUCGCUUCAUUUUUUUUUUUCUUCUACAGCGCUCCAUUUAGCUCUCAACGGCUCAAGGAGGGCCAAACAUCCAUCUCCCAUCAACUAGUGGCCACACCGUCUCCCAAAAGUCAACAUCUACUGCUUUUAAAACAAGCAAAGAAAGAAAAAAACGUAGCCAUAUAGAACAACAACAAACCACAGACAUCCUUACUCUGACCCUGAGUGUACACGGAGACGUGGACGGCUCUUCCUAUCCGGAAUUUUCUCUGUCCCCAAAGAGGCAUAAAUGGAAAGACAGUGUCUGUACAGUGUUUUUGGAGGUCGCCUCACCAGCCCCUGUAUCCUCUUCUGCUUCUCGUGUUGGAUGUAUUAUACUAUAAUCCCGAAAACUUGACAAGGGAGAGGCUGGCAUGCAAAGGGACGGCUGCACACCAGAGAGGGUUUGAUCAGAGUCAAAGGAAAUGACUCAAGUGUUGAGAAAGUCCUUCUCAGAGAUUGUUCUAGUGACCUCAACAGAGCUGGAUUUCAGACUGUCAGCGUAUCAGCAUUCAUGGGAAAAAAAAAAAAACAGCAGUAUGGUGUUUAAAGGCCUCCUCAUCUCACAGGGCUGGCUCUUCAUGCAGAACUCUUCACAAACUAAAGGAUCUCGACCUUCAAUGUGACCAAAAACAGGAAGCGAAUUACUGUCAUUUACAGACAUAAACCGAUUUAUUUUUUACCCUUUUUUUUUUUUUAAUGACAUUGAGUUGAUUUCUUUUUGGUCUGAUUUUCUCUUACAUAUUUACAAAACCAGACAAACUCAUGCACAAACAAACAAAACAUGCAAAUUUAGCAGUGUGGUCUAAUUUGAACCCUAAACCUCACUUUUUGGCAUGCAGCCUCAGACUGGAUCCAAUUUGGUGUCGACACAUUGAGCAAACAUUUGCAUGUUUUCAAGUAAUGAAUGAAGAGCACUUGAAAGACUGUGACUCAGCAUGAAAUUGCUCAAAGUGCUGUUGGUUGUCUGCAUUCGGGCAGACACGCAGAAUAACACAUUAAAAUUGACAGACCUUAUUUAUCAUUCUCGCCAUUUUCACCACUUAUUUUAAUUCUUUGUAACUCGCUUCCUGUUCUGCAUUAUCCUUUGCCUUCCUGCUCAACCAUAUCAGUACUAGGAACUGUUGUAGUUUGCCUGCAGUGAAAUGCAAUGCACAUGUAGAAAACGAGUAAUUCUGGGGUAGGGGAAGGGUAUUGUUUAUAACCUCAAAUCAUGCUACAACUUCCAUGGUGCUUUGUUUUACAGCUGUUGCAGUUAUCCUCAUUCAUGUGGUUUCAGAGAGCCAUAGAGGGAGGGAGUAUCUGUUUGAACUGAACUUUGGACUUCACAUUACCAGCAAACCUGGACCGGCAGGAGGAGGACAUCUUUUCAGUGCUGCUUUGAACGCUGUGUACAUGAACAGGAGACUUCAAACCACCAGGACCUGACAGUCCAGCUAGCAUGUGACUGGGUUCGCCGUGCGAAUCGUCUCAUUUUAUCUUCAUUAGUUAUUUCUAUAGAGGUGUAUUAUUUUGUUACAUCAUCAAAUAUCGACUUGUUGUCGGUAUUUUAAAGCAAACUGACAUUGGCAGGGCCUACUGCAGCAAAGGGGGUGCCGUAGGAACUGAUUCAGUAGAGGCCAGUAAUAAAAUAAGGUGUUUUCACUGAGGUCAACGGUGCAUAUCUGUGAAAGAAAUCUCAUUUAUGUCAAACUUUUGAGUCUUUCAACAGACUCCUGCUGGAUUUUAGAUCUGACUCAAGAUUUACUGCAGAGUGACAGGCAAUGUAAACUUCCCACGAUAAAUCUCUGAAUGUUCCUUUUAAAUGCAGCUGGGAAUGACCAAUUGCUCGAUGGCUUGACGCAACAAUCCAAUAUGGCCGCAUUCUGACUCUCUGAGACUAUCUAGACUUACACGAGGAAGCGCUGUCUACUCUGGUUUCUCUGCUGUUAUAGAUUUCAACGGUUUCAAGUCGGACCUGUCUCGCCAAUUAGUUUGAAUACAUUUCUCAGUUUGCUGUAAUGUUUGUCCAUUUCCAUCUGCGUCCACGUUCUUUUAUUGUGAAAAGGUCUGUCAGGUGCAGGAGUUCUGUCAUUUAUUAAUUUGUCUUUUUAAUGUUUAUGCAAGCAGGAAAUAAUACGCCAUCAAUAAUCUGUCUGUGUGAGUCAUCAUGCUGUGCAUGCAGAUCCAAGAUGAUGACCGUGUAGUUUUGAGUCCAAACUUAACACAUUUUUAGUAUUUAACAUUUUCUGGAAAUAUCCUCAGUAAGUUCUUCUGUGCCUUGAAAUGCUGUAGGAGAGGUAGAUAUAAAAAAUCGGAAUCACAGUAUAUUCUUUGUGUGCAGAUAAAUAACAUUUAAAACUGGCUAUAAGCUUCAGUUUUUAUAUUUUUGACACUUAAGGAUUGUCCAGUGGAGCGUCGUAAAAGUAUUUUGGUUAAACACAUAAAACCAGUUGUUUUUUUUUUUAGGGGGAGUCAAAACAAGGCUCCCUGAGAUUGUUUCAACUUCAAAGCAGCUUUUAAAAAAUAUAGGCCACACCACCCAAAAAGUACUGUCCUCUGGAUUUGUCUGUCAGCAGAGCAGAAAGGAUUGCCAUGUGUGGCCUCUUCAUGACUGCUGCUGCUGCUGUUGGCUUUAUGAUCGAGCAGAAACAGACCAGACGUAUUGUUCAGAGCACUCGGUGCACACGCCAAGACUUUCUAUGCUUUCUCUAUUAUUGUUUCUACUGCCACUCUUAUUUAACCAAGAGGGAGUGCCGUCUCCUCUUCAGAUUCUCAUCUUUUUAAUAGAAGUCAAGUAACCUAUCUUUUUGCCUUUAAUUUUUUUCCCCCUGUUUGUGUCUUCCUGGGAUUUCCUAAAGGAGAAGCUGAGUCCUUAACAGCGAUGAUACGUGUUGUUGGUUCAGAAGGUUGUUUUAUUGAGGACCAGGGGCCUGUCACCAGAAAGUGAUGGGCAGCUCCCUGGGCAGCAGAAAGGUCAGAGGUCAGGGCUGCAUCUAAUCCUGUCUUACAUCUUGACUCAGGGUUUCUACAUACAGCAGAGAGAGAGAGCGAGACGGACGGCUUGGCAGUGAUGUCCACUUCAGGGAUAAUUAAAACAGACGAGAGCGUAUCGAAUGUCCAGCUCUGCCUGUGCUCAUGCUGCCAGAGAGACACGUGGUGUGGUUGUCUGUCAGACUGUGUGUGUGUGUGUUGUUAUUAAUAUAUCGGCGAGGGCUCCACAUGUGAGUUUGGGGUGUCAUAAGCUGAUAAGACGCUGAAUGACAAACAUGCACGUGCGUUUUGUCAGAGUGGGCAUGCAUAGUUCAAAUAUAUCCGUGGGUGACAUCACUGGGGGGGUCUGGAUUUCUGUAUAUAGCAACUUGGUGAUGCAAGUGCUAACACGAACGCCCUCCGCAACCCCCCUCGUACCACCUGUUUCUCCUCACCAGGAAGAAAACUAAAGCCUGCCACAGCGACAGAAAUCUGUCACUUCUUCCCCGUGCUUUCCUCCAAACGUCUCUCUGCUUUACCCUUCUCUCACCAUGUAGGGGUAGAUGAGUUGGGGAUCCCAGGAUGAGCCCAGCUGUUGGAAACUGUAGAUUUUAUGAGACAUCAGAGACCCUCCCUCCUGGAGACUGGUUUUCAAAGAAGUGAGGCUUUUUUAAAGGGCAAAGACGAUACUCCAUCCUCGACUAUGCAUGCCGCUUUUCUUCUUUACACGGCCCCAAAGUACACUUACAUAUGUCUGCAUGUCCACUCCGUCCAUAGAAACCUCACUGGACAGUGUGCCACGAUUUAAGACGUCUGUCUGUACAUGUUUUAGGCUCCAAACCAACACUCACAUGAUACUGGUUUUAUUGGUUUCUUUCAGUUAUUCAAGCCUGUAUAGUGUUGAUAUCGUGGAAUGUAGUAACCGGGCAUCUGGGACUCAAGUGAAGACUUUACAGGUUCUAGGACCUGGAUGACUUUUUUGGCGCUUUAAUGAUAUAUUUCAGAGUUUUUGUUGGCUCCUCUUCUCCCUGAAUUAUUGGUUUGAAUUAGAGUAUCAAGUGGAUGCCAACUGCUGGAGCAAACUAUGAAUGUUGAAAGUUCUUGCAAGGACAAAAAAAAAAAGGAGAAAGCAAAAGAGACUAAAGCAUUUUCCUGCUAACUUAAGUGAACAGAAAUCCUCUAAAACUUUGCCGGUGUUUGCAAAAAUAUCCUUUAUUUACGAGUCAUUGUUUCUCCUUAUUGUAAAGUAGAACUAGAAUGUACUUAGCGGAGAUUGGAGUGGCGAGGUUUUUGGCCAGCAGGCCUUUAUUCUGAAAGGCCUCCAUUGUAAGGUUGGGGUCAUGGUGUCAUUGGGUGUCAGAGGCUGUAAUCUGCACUUAACCAGCACUUAACUUCAAGACCUCAAAUGACUAAUGCCACCUUGGUCCCCACUUGUCAAAACGUUUCCUUUUUAUUGUCCCAGAAUUGUAUUUUAUCUGUUUUAGUAGCUGUUUGCUCAAAGUGCCACAGUUAAGUAUUAUCCCACCAGCCAAAUUCGAGUAUUGAACAAUCAUCUCAUCCUGUAAUUAUGAUAUAGUAUAAUAUAAAAUUGGCUAAUGGCUCAUGUUCGAAUAUAUUUUUGAGGUAUGGCUCUCCGUCGUACCUGCAUCUCAGCCUUCUAACAUUGUGCCAAAAUCAUUCCACAGUAUUUCCAGUUUACAGUUGGAGACGGCGCUCGUGUUUCCACGCUCAGAUUUCCUGUCUCUAAGAUACUGAAAUCAGAGGGAAAUAACUUUUAUAGGGUCUUUUGUUUUUUGUUUACUUCUUAUAUGUUUUAAUUUCUUUGUCUAACAAAAAGAUGUCUUAUUUUGGAAGCUAUAUCGAAUAGAUUUUAUUUAAGAAAAAUCAUGUAAUUUUGUAAAGUGGGCCUUAUUAUUGAAAUAUAUUAAGUAUUUGUCCAUCUUGGUUUUAAGAAUGAAUUUUUUUUUUUUGCAAGAUAAUGUAUCUUCUUGUUCGUUCUUACACUCCUGGAGAGUACCUCUUCCUGUAUUUUGUGUUUGUGUUUUUAAUGCAAGACAAUUCUCAAGACCUGGAGACACAAUUGCACACCAUGGAUCAGAGGGGAGGGGGGGGUGGGGGGUUUGUGUCAUAGUCGUUGAAGAAUGAGAGCUAUGUGCGUUUUAUCCGAAGCGAGCAGGUCUGCAGCGCUGAGCAGUUCAACACGUGUUGUUCUGUUUUUAUCGGCGCUCUGACCUCGUUGCUGCUCUGUUCUUCCUCGCUCAUAAAUUCAGGGUUUGUACAUCUUCUGUGCUGUGUGUUUGUAAGUACUGCCAAAGAAAGACGUUUGCAGGCCCCAGAAAUGUAAGUGUACAUACUUAUCUAUUUAUAAACGCACACAAGUAAUCUUUAAGGAAUAACCUAGUAGGAGUUCAAAGUGACAACUGGAUCUCAUCUGUCCUACAUGCAAGAAAAUCAGGCCCAUACAAUCAACUUUUGUGUAUUUGCUGAGAUUUAAUUUUGUGUGCAGGAGGACGACACUGUCAAACGAAACUGUGUAAAAAAAAAAAAAAAUCAGAUCAAAAGGGUUAAAUGGUUUAUUCUGCUUCUCAGUGUGUUGGCAAGAGCGGGGAGUUUAUUUUUUUUCUUCUUCUUCUGUUUUAGACUUCAUUCAUUGUGCAUGUUUUAACCUUUCUGUGGCUGGCGCACUCUGCAUGUAGGUCUCUUGAAGCUGCCAACUGUACAGCCAAACCAUAUUAUUCCAAUAAAGAUAAAACCAACCUGUUUGUAACACACCUCCAUGUUGGAUCCUGUGUCAGUGCGUAUGCGUGGGGCUGAUGUUGGUUUUCACUUGUGUGUUUUUUUUUUGCUGAACAAGCUUAGCCAGUUUUUAUUUCUUAGCAGUACACUGUGUGCGCGCAUGUGCGUGUCCUCUGGUUUGAGCAGGAGAGCAGCAGCUGAUGGUAUGUAAAAUAAACAGGAAGACAAGUGAGGGAGACUGGAAAGAGAAAAACCACGAGCUUUUGUGGAAUGAAAAAUCAGCACAUUUUACUUUUGCUACAUUUCGCAGAAAACGGUUUGUGCAACUUUUCAAGACGGGCCUGGACAUGUGAGAUUUACCUGUAUGGUUUUUAUGUGAAGCAGAGGAUCACAGUGUUCUGGAUAACAACAAGCGACUUCUUUAAACAGACAGCACUGCCCACCCUUGGAUUUGAAAAUGGAAGAUCAUCAUUUUACAUAAUUAGAAAGAUCAUCAUCAGGUUAAAUUAGAGGGGAAUCUCUGAGGCAACUUUUGACAUAGCUGAAAUAUUCCAUUAGAAACUUUUAAAGGACAUCAUAUACAACACUUUCUUGAAACACGUAUUCAGUGUUUUACAUUUAAGACAAAUUGAGCUUCUUCAAGUAUUCACAGAUGACUAGUUUCCAGAAAACAACAGGUGAAUUUUCUCUGUUUCCAGGAAUAUUUUGGGGGAAUUUUAAGAACAUCUAAGUAACGCCCCUAAAAGCCUCAGGGGGGAAAAAUCCCAAGGAUUCCUCGAACAUUACAAAAUGUUUCAGGAAGAGUCACAAAAAUGUUCAAAAAUUUAUCCAGAAAGUUCCUAGUUUAUCAAAAUUUUAAAGUUGGUAAAAUGCCAGACUUUUCGGGAAAACUACACAAGAUUUCCAGGAAAAUUCCGUGAAAAUUUAGGACAAUUUCUGUCAAAAAAAAAAUCCCCAGAAAAAUUCCAGGAGCAGUCUAAAUGUUUUAUUUUUUACAUACUUUAAAAGGUUACAGAGAAAAUUUUUAGAUGAUUGUAUGUUUCUGAAAAAAAGUCAUUAUUUUGCUCAAUUUCCCUUAAAAAACCUUUGGGAAAAUUCCUGAAAUUUUAAGGUAAAUUAAAAACAGAAAUUUCUAAAAGUUCAAAGGGUUAGGAUAAAAAUUUCCUAGGAUUGAAUAAAAUUAAAAAAUAAAAUUUCAUACCAGAAGUUUUUAAGUUAGUAGUUUAUACAUUAAAAAAAUUAAAAGGAAAAAAAAGAGGUUAUUUUUGCAUUGAUCACGUAACUGAUCAUUGCAAACAAACUUAAAGGCGUACAGCAUGGGGAGUGUGACUGCACCUGUGCGAGUGUACAUUCCACCCCACACCUGUGGAUCGAGUUAGAUGUGCUCAGACACGCUGUGGUCGCUCAUUCAAAGGCUUUUUCAUAACUCCCCAUCACACUUUUUAUGUCUCUGCAUCUCUAUCAAGUAAUCAGUGGAUGUGGGCCUCCAGCUGUUCUGAAAGUAACAGCACCAGUCAACAGUCUUCUACGGCCUCUGGAUUACUCUGGGAGGUGAAAAUACUCAUGAGCUGCUGUCCAAAGCCCCCCACUCAAAUUACUGUGAUAAUAAACAUCUCCUUUGGUCAGGAUAAGAAUAACCACAUCUCUGGGGGGCAUACAAGGCCUGUGAUUGCUGAUCGACACAGAGCCCUGAAAUACAACUACGCACAGCGGCUUAAAGCUCAUGGUUGACCAUUUUGAUCCCUAACUAUGUGGAGCUGCUGCCUGUGACCCUCAUCU